GUCAGCACUCAGUGAAGAUGGCCGCUGUGUCUGGUUGCUAGCUGGCUGCUCGCUCCGUCCUCGCUGUGUUUACAUCCGGGUACCGGGCCGGCUCGGGGCGCUGACUGAGGCUGGGAACGAGGCUCGGGCGGGCACUAAUGUCGGAUAAUCAGAGCUGGAACUCGUCAGGUUCGGAAGAAGAUCUGGAGACCGAGUCCGGGCCGCCCGUGGAGCUCUGCGGGGUCCUGUCCAAGGUAUGGCGGCCGGAGGGGGGAGCCGGGCCGGGGGUUACAGGACCUCAGCCUCCACUCAGACCGUGACAGCCUCCACUCAGCCCGUGACAGCCUCCACUCAGCCCGUGACAGCCUCCACUCAGCCCGUGACAGCCUCCACUCAGCCCGUGACAGCCUCCACUCAGCCCGUGACAGCCUCCACUCAGCCCGUGACAGCCUCCACUCAGACGGUGACAGCCUGGCACUCAGGCGGUGACUGCCUGGCACUCAGGCGGUGACUGCCUGGCACUCAGGCGGUGACUGCCUGGCACUCAGGCGGUGACUGCCUGGCACUCAGGCGGUGACUGCCUGGCACUCAGGCGGUGACUGCCUGGCACUCAGGCGGUGACUGCCUGGCACUGGCACUCAGGCGGUGACUGCCUGGCACUCAGGCGGUGACUGCCUGGCACUCAGGCGGUGACUGCCUGGCACUCAGGCGGUGACUGCCUGGCACUCAGGCGGUGACUGCCUGGCACUCAGGCGGUGACUGCCUGGCACUCAGGCGGUGACUGCCUGCAUGGAGCUGGAUCACAGUCAUGGUAGUUACUGACCUGCACUCAGUGUGACAAUUCCUUGUUUUGUAUUUAGAGCCCUACUGUUGUAUGUAUGUGUAAAUAACAGGAGUAUUGCAGUGACACUGGACCAACAUUACAGAUUAAAAGACAAGCUUUCAAUAGUUUCUUCUGUUUGAUUUAGAAGCAAUAUUUAUCAGUGUAGUGCCACAAACCGCACACUUCAACACAACUGUUACUUUGGCUUGUGAAUUAGUGUGUGUAGUCAGCAAUCUUUGAUUUUCUUUGUACUCCUUGUAACACUGUGUAAAUUCUCCUAUUCGUGACUGUUUUCAUAAUCAAUUUACUUUAACGGUGCUUGUGCAAUAAUAAGUGUACAUUUAAGAUGACCUUGUCAUUUUUUAUAUAUAAAUAUAUUUUUUCUAUUUGAGUUUUAAUGAUUGUGCUAUAUUAUCACAUUACAAUGGAAACACUUGCAUUGAUUUGCUGUCAUUUUCUUGGGCUGUUUAUAGUAGAGCAGAGUAAAUGCGUAACGUGCUUGUUUUGGAAUAUUAUUAUGUGUCUGAUUUUGUUCUUUUAUGUUAAAAAAACAAACAUGUAGUCGCAUAGAUAUCACUCGUUGAAACCCAUUUUCGGAGAGUGUUUGCAGAAGUGUUUUGAUUUACUAUUUACAUUUAUGCAAGUUUGAGGUUAAUUCACUCCAAAAUGAAUUGGAAAUCUUAUCCGCAAAAAAAAAAAAAUAUAUAUAUAAAAUGGAUUUUCCAACUUUGCUUUUAUACAGCUAUUUGCAUGCCUCUUACAGUGCUGAUGAAUUAUUUUCUUCUUUGGAUUUCUUCACUACACUGUUAUUUGUAUACAGCUUCAGACUAACAGAGCUGGGAAAUGGCUGCGUUGUAGAGUUUCAUUUGAAAUACUCUGGCCUAAAAAAUGCAAUUCAUUUUAUAAAGUCCCCCACCAGUGAUCCCGUGUCGUACUCUGAGCUUGCAUAAUUAGUUUUUAUAAUAAAUGACAUGAAAAGCAGAUUUAUUUGAUUUACAAAAGUUGUGCUUUACCCUCAUAUAGCUGUGUUAUGGCACUGGCUUCUUUAAUUUGCAGCAGUUCUACUUCAGAGCCAUAUGUAAUGCCUUGCUAUCACCUGCGUUAAUUAUCGGUGCAUCUUGAAUUGGCAACCCAUUCUUCAGUUUGAAGGUUAGCAAAGACCCACUUUCCAAGAAAAGUAGAAUUGGCAUUAGAAUGAUUUUUACAAUGCAUUGCUGUAACUUUAUUCAAUGUAUCAAUGCUACAGUAAACCACUUAUUAUGAGCUGUUUCUAAAGGUUUAUUUAAUUUUUAUUCUUUUUGUAACUACUCUGAAGUUGAGGUUGCACUUCACUACCCAAAUAGUAAAUAAAUAAUUGUUUAGUAGCUAUACCUUCAAAGAAAACUUGCUUACAUUUUAUGUGUGCAUUUAAAAAAAAAAUGUAAUUUUCAUAAGAGUACGUAUAAAAAUCGCUUGCAAGCACUUCCCUUCUACUCCUGCCCAGACUUUGUGGCUGUCCAAUCACAGACUUCCCAAUGCAGCUCAAUGAGAAGUCUUUUCAAAGCAGGUGUCCAGGCAAUUGCCUGCCACUUGAGCUUAGCUUCACUGGGCUAAACAACCAGGAAGUAACAGGAUUGGUUGUCUGAUCGACUAACUUGGGAGUGUAACCAUGUUAAUUUAUAAAAGUGUAAAUUUCUAUUGAAAUCUGCACUUUUUUUUGCUAAAAAGGGUGGUGGGAGAAGAGGACACCCCCUUUAUGCGUAAAACUUUUCAGUAAGCUAGCGUGCUUUAGGGGUCUGGAGUAUCCCUUUAAGAACGGAUGCUAUAUGUAUUUCAGUGGGAUGGACACCACAUUUAUAGAAAUAAUCUUUUGUAUUCUUCCCUUUUAUGAUCUGGUGUAAUAGUUCAACCUGGGAGGUCAGCAAGCACUGAUUAAUCAAUUAUCUGGUUUCUGUAUGUUUACAUAUUACUUUCAUAUGCUGGUGGAUUCUCUGUCUAUUUGUGGAUAAUAUAAUAAUUUGAAAUGUCAUUAAAAGGACAUUGCAAGUACCAUAUUGCUCUAAUCUAAUGCUUCUUGCAUUUGUGGUCCCAGUUUUCUUCCCUUUCGUUUUGUUUGUUAUUGUUGCAGCAAUAUGGAGAAAGGACUGAUUUUAUAAACUUGAAAAUACAAAACGUAUCUAGUGUGUUUAUGCAGUACCACAUUGUGAAAUACCUAUGGACUGUUGUAAUUUCACUAAAAUUCCAACCCAGUCGAUUAUAAAGAGCAAAGUAGGGACUACUUUUGUCUCUGUAUAAUUACUAUGCCUGACACUUCUAGACAUUUGGUGGAGCUACAGCCAUCUAGAAUCCCUCAUCCCUACAGAGAAUUGUCUUUAUCUAUAGAGAAUCCUGUGGUUUCAUUGGACACUCUGUAGACCUCAAUUGGUCAACGGUGACAGCUGAAGUGGACCAACUGGGAGAAGGUGACCUAACCUGCGAAGGCAGGUUUAGGUAAGUAGAACUCAACUUGCUUGGCCACUAGACCCCCAACGGUGAUGUCACCAUUGGUAAUUUUUGCAAAUUGUGCAGAAUACCCAGAUGGUGACAAUGCUGCUUUAAAGAAAAAGUCCAGUGUGUGUGCUACUAGCCAAGCCUUGAGUUAUUCACCACUGCAAGCCAUAGGGUGCCCUUUAAGGGGUGAAUUUCUACUCUUUGGGGUGAAAUAUUCACUUGUCAAUGGCUAUUGAAAAGCAAUAAGCACGUGCAAAUCCCCAGUACUUGUAGGUUCUGCAGUGAGCUUUCUCCAAACACUGCAUGGAAUCUGACAAGCAUUCUACAUCACCUUUCCACAUCACUGAUGAGCAUCCCAUAAUGGACACAGCAAGGAUUUCUGGGAGUUGCAGUUCAGUUGCAGGUUUUCUACUGUGUAGAGUCAUGACCUCGAAUACUGCAGUGUUUUGUGGGUGUUUUUUUUUUUUUUUUUUUUUACACUAAUGGAGAAAGAUCAUUGUGGGUGCCUGGAGUGAGAUGUAAGGGGCUACACAGACAUUAACAUUCAUAUGAGACUUUGUAUAACUACAUGUGUUCUCUCACAAGUACUUUCAUUCAGAAAAAAAAAUUGAAGCGGUUCUACAAGUUAAUAGAAUUUUUAUUUUUGCUAAACCUUGUAGACGCUGCAUUUUAGCUUUCUAUAUUGUGGUCAUCAAUUACUUCUGCUGCACUGGUAUUCCAUGUAACUACCACUCUUUUAGUGGCCUAAUAGAUCUGCUAACUAGCAAGGCUUAGAUCUAGGUUUCAACUAUGCCUGGGAUUUAAAAUGUUAUUAGCCAACUCGGACGCAAUGCAAGAAAGCAGGUCACUUGGGCAUUUCAUAUUUCAGUUGCUAAUAGUGCGCUUAUAGCUUGACCGUAGUGCUGGACCCAAUCAUUUCUUCAUAUUGGAAAUGUACUUUCUCACUGAGAAAUAUCCUCAUGUACUAUUUGCUUGACUAUAUAGUUUUAAAAUGUCUGGUAAAUGGCUCAUUGCUUAGUGUUCCCUAUUUCUCAAAUAACUACUUUUUUUAUAAGCUCAGUAUAUUAUUUAAUGCUUCUGAGGCUAAUACAGGUCUGUCUUUUAAGGUCCACUGAUUCUCGAAACAUAGAAAUUCCAUUUGUGUUAAACAGUAAUCGUAUGUUGAUGGAACAGACUGUAAACGUUAAAGUAGAAAUAGUUUAUUUUUUUUCCCUCUGUGCUGUAUACUGUAUUGGUUUUCCGAGAUGUCCUGCUGUUGAUUGUGAUGAGCCCUUCCCUUUCCAGCUUGCAAUAAUCAGAUGGUCUCAUACUUGUGUCAAGUCCACUAGGGUGUGUUUGAAGAUUAUCAUGCCAUGGGUGUUGUUUUACAUAUAAAGUUUUUUUGUUUUUUUUUGUCUUGGAGUCCAGAUAACUCACUCUCUCAAGGUGCUGAUUUUGGCCACUUAUUACUUAUGUUAUCAGAGUACUUCAGACUUUGCACUGGUUUUGUUGUUUUUUUUUUGUUUGUUUUUUUUUUUUCUGCUCAGAUAACAUUUAAAUUGGGUGACUGAGAAAACAAGUUACCCGUUAAUGAGCAAUUGGGUAGCUUGGAAUUUGGUACAAAUUGUGUGUGGGCAGGGGGGGGUUGCAGUGUUGCAAUGCUUUCCAGGUCACUGUGUAACCAUAGAUGUGGAAAUAUUGUGUAAUUCAGGCAGUCCUUUGUACUACACCCCGAUAGCGGGAGAGGCAGUUCAAUGAUUGAAAAGGCCAAACUGCAGUAUCUUCCUGAUACCGAUAAAAUGAGUACCAUUAACUUGGAUAGUAACCAGACUUUAGGAUGUUAUAGGAAGCAGAAAAGCUUUCCUGGAUAAAUGCUUUGCUAGUAAUAUAUUUGCAGCUUUAAAUAAGGCAACAUAGACCGGUAGCUCAUUUAGACAUAAAGCUGUCUUGUGGUCUGUGACUGGCAAAAGGAUACUUUUUUUAUUUUUAUUUUUUUUUUAGCAGACCGUGCUUUCAUUUUAUACGUUCUGGGACAAAAAAGUGAAAGUUCACAAAUCUAUCUUUCGGCAUACUUUAAUGGGGCAAUCUAAGAACCAAGAUCACUUCCUCCUAAUAAGGUGAUAUGGGGUCUUGGAUGUUGCCCCAGUAGGCUUGCAUUUCAAAAUGGUGACAUUUCUGAUAGGUUAUGUGUUAAGCUUGUUCUUUAGCAGAUGUUUCUUGCAGAAAGUAGUGGUAGGUACCCAUUGAACCCCAGGUGAAAUGUUUGACUACAGAAGGCUUCCAUGUGAAACUGGUCAAAUCUGGAUCGUGGAGUCUAAUGCAGGGCAUGACACAUCUAAAGUACCAGGUGUCCGAGGCCCAAUAAUAUAUCUGACACGGUCUGUAAACUUUCAAAUACUUUUGUAGAACUAUAUUAAGGGGUGUUUCCAAGCAUCAAAAUUAUUACAGCUUGCUGUAGUGGUUAUGAUGCCAGGAUUACUCUGGCCUGGUCUCCCACUAAUGGGGGGAAAACCACUUUGCAAUGGUUUGCCCUAGUACCUGGUCCAGUUGGGCGCCUGCUCUCUUGGGGUGCUGGCUUAAAGGUGAAUCCAGUUUCUGCUGGGUUGGAUGCUAAUGCUGCCGGAUAUAUCUGGAAGCUUAGGCUCACCGUUCUCAGCCAAUGAAUGCAACUCCGUGCCUCGACAAAUAUACAGUAUUGACAUUAGCCAGUCUGGAAUUCAUGUUCCAGGCUGGUUGACACCCAAAGGAUGCUACCUGAAGUGGACUUACACUCCCAGAAGCAGUGGGGUAUGUACAGUGUUUCACAGUGAAACUGUGCACAAACAGGGUUAUUUUAUCCCCAGGUAAAGAGUGUUCCUUUCCAAACAGAGUGAGUGAUAGGUUUGUACAUUAUAAUUUCAGUGUUCCUUGGAUACACUGUAUUUAAUGACCUUUUAUUAUGCAGGCUUCUGUUCCAGCUUGUUUGGAAGUCAUUUUAUUUUUUUAUAUAAUUUUUUUUUUUUUUUUUUUAAACUAAUUAAUCAAGAAGCUGUGAUGCAAGUUUGUAUUUUAGUAUAAAACCAUGAUGUAGUGUCCCUUUUUAAAAUAUCGCAUCUCAAGAAUAGGAAUUUGCUUUUGUAAUGUAAAACCAACAGGAAGUGAUGACUUCCUUCCGGUCCAGCUAAUUCCAUCUUAUUUUACCUGCUUCCUUUUGGCUAUUACAGUUCUGAUAAUGUGCAAUAUUUAUCACUUUUACACGUUGUGUGUUAAAUCCUAAAAAGUUGCUUUUUGAAACAUUAAGUUAAAAAUAAAAAAAUCCCUUUUUUUAUUUAAAAAAAAAAAGUGAGGUCUUCUGCUGCUUAUUAUCUGGAGAUCUUGUGUAAUUCUCUACCUUUUCAGCCAUCGUUUUUGAUGCCUCUAGGGUGGGUGGUGUCUGUUGCUUAUUACUGGUGUAAUCCUGAGCCAAACUGGAUUGCAGCAAUUGGCCAGAUCCUGGAUUGAUGUGACACCCAAACUGAGUUGCUGUGAUUCUAAAAUUGUGCGCCUUUAAAAAUAUACAUUCAGAUGUUUUUAAAUUUCAAUUUGGCUAUUUUGGUGUAAAAGAUGCCUUCAUGUUUAGUUCCUGAAAAUUCACCUGCUGGUCUAGAAUCCUGUGAAAGGAUCAUUUUAAAACUAAAACUUCAGGCACCUACUGCUCUUCCUGAAAUGGUUUUUACGUAAAUGAAUUUCUUCUGGUACAUGUCUGGAAUUAUGAGCUACAAUUACUUUCUGUAAUAGAAAUACUCUUGCCUUUCUUUUUAUCUGUAAACUAUUUCCGCACUGAAAAGGGAAUGUAGUAGUCUUGUCAAACUAUGAGUGGUAUUUUUCUGGCAUAUGGUGGCAGUACGUAUGGGUUGUGCUUCCUAAUUGGAACCAGCAUCUGCAAGAUCGGUGACUAAGAAAAGUCCCUCUCCUUUACCCUAUAAAGGGCAUCCCCGGUUCUUCCUUGUCUCAGCACGGGACGGAUCAAGCGUCUGUUGAAGGUGAGGCACGCAGGUUGCUGUCUGGGGGAGGAAACCCGAAAGCUGCCUGGAUGGUAGGCUGAGCGGCAUGGCUUCGUCUGUGCAGGUUCCGGAGCCCUUUCUGUUUAACUUUAUGCUGAGUAUGUUCCGGCAUGGUGAGUAUGGGAAGGCCGCGGGACGGCUUCAUUAUGUUGCAGGCCCUGCGCACAGCGGGGGAACGCACGCCCGGGUGGUGUUACGUUCCCUCCGAAGUUCCGGGUGCACUAUUGCACGUGCAUUAACCGGAACUUCCAGAAAACCGCAGAGUGCUGUUCCCUCUGGCAGCAAGAAGCUUGUCAGAAGGGUUCCCCAUGUCACCAUGCCCCCACACGGCUCAGAGGUUUUCAAGGUAAGAUUAGCUGAUCUUUGCUUUUGAAAAUAUGUUCUGAUUAAAAUUGCAAGUUAUGGAUGGAAUUGUUUUGCAGAAAGUGGACUGUAUGUGCAAAAUAGACUGUUUGUACACCUCUGCUAUACAAGGCUUUUGCUUAUUGUAUCUACUCCCCUUAAAAUGGGUCUGGGGUUUAUAAAUAUGGACUAAGGUGCUGCAAUUUCUUGGGUAAAAUUAAGCUGAGAAUAUGCAAUCAUUCUUAUAGAGCAUCAAAUAGUGUAUCAGCUGCUCUGAGAUGUUCUGCAGAGACUGACGAGAAGCACCCUUCGAUUACUUCUGUCUGGCGAAUGUUUAUCUACUUCUUCUUAAGACAUGUCAGGUUCAUCAUACUGUGUGAAGUUGGUUCCCACCUGAUGUACUAAGAACGUUCAUUAGGAAAUAAUCGGCCAUGGGGCAGGAUAAAUCUGCGAAACUUUAAUGAGGGUUAUCUGUUCCUCAAACCCCAUAUCUUUCUCAUAUGCAGAAAUGGGAACACUCUUGCAUCGUUUCCACUGAGCAAUAUGGUUUGGGUCAGUAUGGUUCGGAAGGGUUAGAAUGAUCCAGCCUAUUCAGGUGUGCAUUUCCACUGCAAGUAGGACCGCCAGGGGGCAUGCGGGGUUUAGACCAAAUGCCUAGCAUGUCAUUUUGUUGUGAGCAUUGACCUUUUCCUGUCUGCCAAUCAAUGCAUUGUAUAGUGUGUCGCCAGCAGCUCCUCCUUAACCGUACCGUACCAUUUCCUAUGGACCUAUAUCUGAAGGGGGCUCAGGAAUGGUGCAAUUUGGUUCGGUUGUAUUGGUCACUUUCAUAAUGGAAACAUUUAAAAUGGCGUACCGCUCAGUGAAAACUAAGCACAAGUGUAAUGAGCCUUUCUUGCCCAGCGUUUAAUGUUUACCAUCAAAUAGUUAAAUGUUAUACCCCCAGGUACACUGGGAAUUCAUAAAAAAUCCGCAGGAGUAGCUGCUUAAAAACCCUGUCGUCAAGAAGGCUGAGACCUUUUGCAGACAAACUUUCCAGACUUCUGGGUUUUGGUAGAGGUCUUUGCUGGCAGGUGCAGCAGUUUCCAAAAACCUUGUUUACAAUCCUUAAUGGAGGUAAUUUAAGUCUCUGGUAAGCAGCUUGUCAGUUUCCUGGUUUAUUGUGAUUGUCACAUACUUUUUAAUAUGGAUUUGGCAAUGACUGCCAAGAUCAUGGGUUGAUCUGUUUCCCUUGGCUUAAGCUUGGACAACAGUUCAGUGUCCUUUUCGUUCCCCUGUUUACUCCCAUUAGGAAAAGGGGUAUCUUUUCUAACCUAUGUCGAAAAAAGUUCUGCCUCGACAAGUAGAACUAGGUCCGACAUGGGUAGGCUUUUCGGACGCCAAGAAGUUUGGAGGUGUAAUCCUGCAUUUCUAUAUUAAGUGUGGAUAGCUCAGUGGGUUUAGACCUUGUUCAACCCUUGGCUUUGCAGGUUCAUUUCCCCUGCAGGGUUAACUCAGCACUUCACCCUAUUGAGGUAGAUGACUGGAGUACAAUUCAGUGGAAUCACUUAACAUUCUCGGUUGCAUUUGGGAACCAGUAUUUAUCUGAAUGUCUCUUGCCUGGCUUUUAAGUAGAACCGACUUGCAAUCACUGGUUUCUAGAUCUAGUUAAAGAGGGCACCGCUUGCUCUUUUCAAAUCUGUACAAUCCAUAAUCUUUCUAACGUUGGAUUCAAUGAGUUUGAGAUAUGGUACUGUGAACCAUGAACUUGGUUGGGUUCCUCAGGAAUCUCUUGGUUAUCAAUCUCGGAUCAUUCCUUUAAACCGGUUAUGAAUUUAAAUUAAUUGGUUCCUCUCCUGAGGUUCAGAAUUCCAUCAUAUCCCUAUUGCGACUCCUCAAGAAGUGUUCUGAAAAUAUGCCAUAAGUGGAUUGAAGAGAUUUCAUUGCUCUUCAAAACACUCCUGUAACAGCAUCGGGAUGGUUGCCUUUUAUGUAUGUUCAAGUUGCUAGCAGAACGCUACCACAACAUGGACUGAGACUAUAAUGUAUUUUCUUCUCCAGGAAACAGUGUUUGUUUUUGAGGUUCGUGUUAACCAUAAAACGUUACUUCUGCAUCUACUGCACUCAUAAAGGAAAGGUUCAAUUACUAAUAAAGUGAAAAACCCUCCAUAAGAACAGGAAAGGAGAUUGCUGGGAUGUCUGUCUUCAAUUCUUGCGGUCAACUGAGCAAAAUCUGGAUUUGGCUGCUACGGUGGAAAAUUCUCUCCUCUGGGUCAAAGUGUGGACAUCUUGGAUUUCUGCCUCCUAGACUCUCUGAAAAAAGCGGAAGAUCGGCUAAACUAUUGGACAACUUCAAGUUUUUUCCUGACAAGUCUGUCCUUUCAGCCUAUAGGAGUAAUUUUCACCACAGAAUGCAUCUAACUCAGGCUGGGUCACUCGUCUAAAUUCUCUAAUGUGCCAAUGUUCUUGGUCCUAAGAAAAAUAGUGCACUGAUUUCAGAGCUCUUAAGGCAGUUCUUCACUCCCCAUGCCGAUUUCAGAUCUUGGUUGAUUGAGGGACCUAUUACAAUGCAGUCAAACCCACAACACUGUUUCCUUCACAUCAACAGACAGGGUGGUGCCAGAGGCAAGGUCUGUUUCAGCUAUGUACCAAAACGGUGUACUGGGCUCAGGAUCUCCUGGAGGUCCUCUUUCCAUUCCACUCCUGAUGUGUCAACAACGAUCAUGUUCAUGAUCUACAGAGAUUUGGAGUGCCCGGAUAGACCUUUAUGGCAAAGAGGGAGAACAUGAAGUUUCUCAGGUUUGCCUCUCUGUACAUGACCGUUCAAGUUGAAUAGUUGGUCGAUCUAUCAAAUGGUAUUUCUCUGGGCUUACUUUUUUUUUUUUCUUUUUUUUUUUUCUAUAGCCUGUUCCCAAGACUUCAAAGAGGUGAACGGACAGAGCAGUGGUUCUGCCAAUCUUUCUGUAUUGGCCAAACACAAGCCAGUUUUCAGCCUUGGUGGAGAUAACUUUCAAGUUUGCAGAUCAAACCCACCUCAGUCUGUAUUCUUGCUACGGCUGAGGUGGGUUUGCCGGGGAAGCCCUAUAUAGGGUAAAGGGGAGGGACUUUCCUUAAUCCCCUAUCUUGCAAAUGCUUGUCCCAAUUAGGAAGCACAACCCAUACGUACUGCCACCAUAUGAAGGGAAAAAAGAAUUUACAGUGUGUAAUCCUUUCUGUUUUUACUAUAAAUAAGCAAUGCCUACUUGUUUUAUUUACUGUACGCAUUUGUCCAUAUGAGCUAUAUAUAUAUAAUUUUUUUUUUUUUUUUAAAUUUUUUUUUAAUGGCGUUUCUGAACUAGAGGAGAUAAAACCUUGUUCAUAAAAUCUGUCUCUACUUCUUGGUUUUUGUAUAAUUCCUGCAGCCGCGCUGUGUUCCAGGUGGGAAUUUAGGAAGUUGUCUAACGGCACCUUUAGUGCUAUUCACUGUAAGCCUGUGUGCAAAAGCGUAUUCUGCAAAGCAAUGUUUUAAUUUAUAAACUGAGCGAUUCCAUUUAUCAUUAUGUGUACACAUGCAGUUAGUUUAGAUUUCUUCAUUCUAUGUAGCAAUGGUAGCCAACUUGGGAACUGCAAGCCCUGUGAUCCUCAGCCAGCUGCUUAGAUGCAGUGCUUGCUCUGCGGUCUGUGUGACAUAUUUAGAAAUAAGUGUGUGUGUGUGUGUGUGUGGUUUUUUUUUUUUUUUUUUUUUUGUGGUUUUUCUGGGGGGGAGGGGGGUUUCAUCCAUUUGGCAAACUACAGGGAUGUUAUGGCUCCUGGGUGGCAAUGCCCCAGGGAUGUCACUGGCUAUUUCAUAUCUAUCAUUACUGUGAGUUUACCCUCUUAUCAGAGGUAUACAUGCUGACUUUAUUGGGUCCUGGCUGGCAGUGACCGUUAAACAUGCCUAUCCCCCGUCCCCCCUCUUCCCCCACUUUGUGUUCAUUUCCCUAUUUUGCCAAAAAGUAAUUUCCUAUUUGAGAAAGUAUCCCCUACUUAUAUACCUUCUCAAUAUAAUGGAAUUGCAUUGAAUUCUUGUGACAGUAUCUCUGUAAAACCUUUAAAUUUUACAGAGAUACUGUCACAACAUCAAGCAAAGUUAUGGCGAGAUCAAAACCGAACAAACCUCCUACUGAUUAAUGUUAUAUCUCGCUGUGUACAUAUCAUAAAUUGCCCCACAUACAGCUGUUCUAUUUUCACAAUUCUCCCAGAAUGCCAUGUACAAUAUGCUAAUUGGGAUACUUUUCAUCUUGGGUUUAAUAUGAAGCCCUUUUUAUUGAGCUUGUUUAGAUGGAACAUUGAAGCAGAAGAGCCUUAUACAUUAGUAAUGCUCUUGUGAGUGAAGGAGAUGUAAAAUGUUGUAUUCCGAAUUGAUACAUAGUGUGUGGGUGUAACAUUUUGUUUAAUACAUAAUCAGUAGGCUAUUUUAGGUAAAGUGUGAUCCAGCGAGAAGCAUUUGAUCUGCAUUUCUAAUGGGCUGAUUGCUAUAGAUAUGAACUAGCUUGACUGCGUAGUAGGCGUUUUGUGUGAGCGUACAUAUGCACACAUUGACCAAGUUAUCCUUAUAUAUUGCUACUGUAUGUAAAUUUAAUUUACCUGAAAUAAAUUCUACAUUUAACGGGUACCGAUCUACUGCAAACUGUAACAGGUUUCAUCACUAAUGAAUGAUCUAAUUGUGUUCUUUGUAAUCUGCAGCAUUCUUAUACCUAGACUUACAAAUCUGUUUUUUGUGUUUUCUUUAUAGUGGACAAACUACAUUCACGGUUGGCAGGACAGAUGGGUUGUCCUCAAAAAUAAUACCUUAAGCUACUAUAAGUCUGAGGAUGAGACUGAAUAUGGCUGCAGAGGGUCCAUCUGCCUCAGCAAGGCUGUCAUCACGGUAAGAAUCAUUCAUCCUAACUGCUGUUGUACUUGAAAUAAAAGGACAGAGGUGUAUGGUGCUGCACAUUUACUGUGGACCUGGAAAAAGUAUAGAGAAUAUGAACCGUUAGAACUGGUUAAAAAAAAAACUCUGUAGCUUGUCACGGCUUCAGGUCUCAAACUUUCUAGCUCACUUUUACCAUUACACAGAGAACCUAUAGCCUUAGCAUAUCAGACUAUUCUCACUAAUAAAGUAGUACCCACUCCUUUUUGGGGCGUAUCAUUUGGUAAGAAAAUAAUCUAGGCUGAAAAUGCUCUUUUCAAACUGUUUCAUUAUCUCAUAUGUACCUUUUUGAUUCUGUUAAAGCACAUUAUUGCAAAACCACACCCUAAAGAAUUUUUCCCCAAGAAAACCUUAUUCAGUUGGGGCUAGAGGUGACCUGUUUAUUAAUUUAUCAAAGUAUGCAAACACAGGUUCAGAGCAAGUUUCCAUGUUUGCUGUAAUCACUUUGCAUUUUCAGCAAUUAGCCCACACAUGGGUGGUACAGCAGUGGUUUCUGGGAUUGUAGUUCAUUUGUCCAUUUUAUACUAAAGAGUCAUGCCACCAUGUACAGCUGGUUGCAAAGGAGACAAGAAAAGGUGUUUUGUGGAGCAACUUUUAGUUUUGGCUCCAUAAUUUAAUGCAUUAUAUAUAAAAUCAUUACAUUUUAAAAGUCGCUUCAGCAGCUCCAAGCAGAUCGUUUAUUUUGACGACAAUAACCUAUAUAGUUAGCAAUUACAAAAUGGAAACGGUUUCCACCUAAAGGGUCCUCCGUAAUGCAUUAAAUGACCUACCUCCUAUUUAGAUCAGCAGAAAACGCAUGGGGCUGAAACAGUUAUAGUUAAUUGACAGUUAAACUUAAACUGCAAGAUCUAGAUUCUAGUAUACAAAAAAUUAUGGACGGCUCACUAAACCUUAAAUUGUAAACUGUCCAGGCCAUCAAAUUCAAAUUCUGUUGACCUGCAUAUAAAGAGAUCCUGUCUUCGUUACCCAGUAUAUCCGCCUGUAAAACAUUAUGGUUGCUCUUCUUCUGGACCUGAUCAGUGUGUCUACAGAUAUAAGAUAUAUGAUGUAGCGAUCACAUUGUGAACUGUCCUGCAAUAAAUGAAUCGCUCAGAAAGGAAAUGGCAGGAGAACUCUCCUGUUGGUGUUUCUCUAUCUGCCACAGUGACUCCCUGUAAUUGCGCUGAUUAUGCCAACGAUUGUGUAGCCUUUAUUCCGCUGGGCACAGAUGUAUUGGCUCUUCAGUUGGCAUCAUCAAGGAGUGCAUUUCUUUGAGAAGUGUUGUUAAGCAGGUCUACUGAGGCCGAUGUGAGUGGAGAGGGCACGAUCAUUGGGGACGUGGUGUGUAGGUUUUACAUUAAUUACUUUAUAAUACUUGGCCCUCCAGUGCUGGCACUAUAUCAAGUAUCACAGUAAUAACCUAUUUAUAAGAAAUGUACUCUCAGGUGGUGUUACUGCUUUAAAGUAAACCUGGAAUGAAUGGCAAACAUAAACUCUUUCAGGAUUCUUUCUUUGUGGUUUAUUACUUUUUUUUUUUUUUUUUUUUUUUUUUUUUUUUUUUUUUUUUUUUUUUUUUUUUUUUUUUUUUUUUUUUUUUUUUUUUUUUUUUUUUUUUGUACCUGCUGUUGGACAAUUCUCAAACUUUGUGACUGAUUUUUAUAGGCCAUAGUUCACUUGCAGUCUAUUGUAGUUUUUCACGAGAUGCUAGGCUUCACGGCCCCUGAAUUGCACAGGAAACAGAUACAUUAUCUCUUUCCUGGCCUUGGAAUCCGAACUGGAGUUAGAACAGUUUGCUUUUUGUUUUACUGCAGGCCCCCUCUACUGUGCUGCCGAGUCACAUGGUUCCACUGUUUGGAACGCUCUAACUCCAUAAAUCUAGUCCAUGUGCUGAGCAUUCCUAUCACAUAUGGAGUGCAUCCCUUUCUGGGUGUGUUUGAAUUAGAACAUUAUGCUUUCAGCAGUUUCUUUGAGGUGUAUGAAAGGUUUAGAGGGUUUCUCCUAGUGGCUGUGUCAAGCUGUGUGAUAUCCUGCACAAACCGCAUCCUUGUUAAAUAUUGAGUAGGUGCUUAUCUAGAUACAUUCUACAGAUGUAUUUAUUUUCUUUCCACUUAUUUAAAUCCUCCUCUGCAAGGGAUGUCCUAUCACCUGCUAGCCUUCCCCGGAUAUCUCCUAGCGGCGUCCUAUUUGGUUCACAGCAAGAAAAAGAACUGAAAUAGUACAUGUAUCUAUAAUGUGCUACCGCACGGCCUCUGUAUGACUUUAUGUGGAAGGUCUCCAACGCCCGAGAAUCUUGGUGUAGUGAUCCGUUACGUUGUCCCUGCUUUAACCUCUUUAGUAAAUGAUGAUUUGAAGUAGGGUUUCUGUGCCGAGUAGCUGCUCACACUAAUGGAUUGUUUGGCUCACUGUAGUAUCGAGAAGGAUGUGUAUUUGUGCUCCAAAUCAAAAAUUGGCGUGUUUGCAUGUACUUAUGAUUACUGGUAUCUCUGUCAACAUAUUCUGAGUGGGGCUUGUUUGUAAAUCUUAUAAUUUUUAGAGCAAAUGUAACAAUGCAUAAUUUUUAGAUAAAAUGCAUAUGGUUUUUCUUUUUGGGGGGUGGGACUGGGGUAACGGUUGACCACAGUUAAUCAACCUGCAUUCUAGAUAUUUUAGUUUCGUAGCAAAUUCCAAAGGCCUGGCAACAAUGGCGUAUAUGUAAUUGUAUGAGUUUUGUUCCUCUUGUAGACAUUGUUUCAGAGUUUGAAAUAGUUAUGGAACUCACAUUGUCAUUUGUGUUGCUUAGUAACUCUGCUCCUGCAAACAGACUAUGUUGGUGGUAGAUUUACUAGUUAUUUUGAAAUCUGAUUCAGGAUUUAUUUAUUUUUCUCAUUGUCCUCAUUUUAAUAUUAACCCUACUUGUGUGAUAACACAGAACAAUCAGUUAGAGAUACAAUGAAGCAGGCUGUGGAUUCUUUGUGAUGUACUGGAAUUUAUAGAAAUGCCUGUGAGGCCAGUGGCUAAUGAUUUAAUGAGUUCAGAAUGUUUGUUUUUCAGUACAGUCGUUACUUUAACCCUUUCUGGGUGGCGCUUUUAGAACUUUGUUCCUAUUUAUUAAGAUCAUAAUUCUUGGGAUUAGAAUGGUUGGCUCACUGUUGAGAAGGUCUGCGCAAUGUGCAUCAUUUACCGGCCCCACUGUAUACUCCUGUUUCCAGCAGGGUAACCACUCCUGAUUUCAAAUGGUACGCAACGUUUCUUUAUUACCACCGUGGUUGGCAGCUUCUGUGACAAUACAAGCACUAUAAGCUCCUUCCGUCACCUAAAGUCAAAUAUAUAAUUUUUAUUUAAAUUCUCUCUAAUCCCAAUUUAAACAAGAUACACAAUAUAAAAAUCAAAGAAACAAACAUUAUACGAACAUCUAUGCUUGGCACUCAUCCUAAAAAUACGUACUAUAAAGAUGUUCCCCCAUGUCUAACUGUACGCCAUCAUGUUUCUAUAACUGGUGACAACAAUAUUCAAUGUAACAAAGAUGACUGCUCUUGGCUACGAUUUUUCUUACUAACUGCUCACACGAUUUCUCCUCCCCACCCCUUCUCUGGAUUGUUUUUGAUUUGUACUGGGUAUAUCGUUUCAAUUUAAACUUGCUGUUUGAAAUGCUAGAGAUUGGCAUUUAUGUUUAUUGCUAUUUGUUUCCAAACAUUCUGCCUCCUGUCUUGUUGCUGGUUUUGGAUUUCCAUCCUUCCCUACUCGUCCAAUACAUAACCCUUGCAGGCUGGCUUGGCUGCCCCUGCUAUCUCCUGCCCUGCCAGUCGAUUAAAUCCUCACUGUGCACAGUCUGCCUGUGGCAAUUACAAGGCACAGAAUAUGACAAAAUGCUUUGGCACGCAGAUAGCUUCCGUAUUUGUAAACCUUAAAGAAUUGCUGUGUGCUGCAUCACAAUGCCGGUUUAGUCCAAUUACAUUGCUUUUUAACACUUCAAACUGUCACAUGGAGCUGGGAUGCAUCGGAAUAUAAGGAAUGUCCCUUUGGGAUUUCUUUUUGUUGUGGCUUUGUAGUGUGAUGUAUCGUGAAAUCCGAAGGGACUUUCCCUUGUGUAUAUUCGUUGUGACAUUGUAGUGUUGUGUUGUGUUGUGUUGAUGCAAAGUGUAUGUUUGUUAUGUGACUUUAUAUGCUGACCCAGAGUUCCUCUUUAUGGGAGAUUUUCAUAUUUGCGACUUGCCAUCCACUUGUUGCACAAGCAUAGAAUUUAACGUCGUUGGCACUAUAUAGCCUGGAUGUCACUGGGUCCUGUACCAUUGUGGAUCUUUGAAUUACAGAUGGUUUUGGCCGAGUAGUGUCACUGGUUCUAAAGGUGUUAAGUAUUUGUGAUAUCUGUAUUUUGGCCUGUUUUUAUUUAGUUUUUUAUUAACAUUUGGAUCACAUCUAGUCCCCUUCACCAAUGCUGUCUAUAUGUUUGGCUUUAUGCCUGGAAUCGAAAAACGGUUACCGAACUUGUACAGCCUUAUAAAGGAUUUUGAAGAAUGAUCGUUAAGUGGUUGGGGUGGUUUUUUUUGUUUUUUUUUAAAUUUAUUUUUUUAUUUAUAAAAAAGGAAAACCCACAAAGUACACCUAAAAAUUAAUGGAUUUAUUUAUUUUGUUGCAAAAUCUUCUUCUUAGAGUGAACAUGUAUGAGCGAAAACAAACAAAAAGGAUUGAAUAUAUAAAUUUAUGGACAAUUUGGACAAAGCGCUCUAAUUCUAUGAGUGAAUGAGUCAAGCCACAGAUCAAUUAUGUGUGGGCCACUAGUUUGUCGACUGCUGCAAAUUACAUUAAACAUGGAACCACUUUAUGUGCAAACUCACAGCAGCCAUUCACACGUGGCAUUAUCUGUCUUCUAUUUACAAAACUUCCACACACAUUAUGGAAUGUGUUAAACAUCACCUGGGAAUAAACUACUUCUCCCAUAAAAUUCUGCCAGGCAGUUUUGUGGGAUAAAAAUAGACCCUUGUAGAGCAGAAAGGGUGAUAUUGGGGUCUGCAGGCAGAACCACUAAAACAUGUGUCUGCAGGGAAUUUAUAGUCUUUCUUACUGCAUUGUUUAUAUAUUCUGUAUUAUAAAAUGUCUUCCUUUUAAACUGUUGGUAUUUAGUUACUUGGCAUAAAUAUGUUUAUUUUAAAUCAUUAACACUUCGCCAUUACUCAAUGUCUCCUUGCUUUAGAAGGAUGAGAUUAUUCCUUGGUCAUUAAAUAAAGCUUGUGGCAGAGCUUUUUCCUGUAAUGAGUUAUGGAAUGUUGGCUUUGCAUUUUUGUUGAAAAGGACAGAAAUUUGUUCACUAUUCUAUUGCAGUUUGUGCCACAACUAUAAUACACAUAAUUUGUAUUCUUCUUCUCUCCCAUAUUGUCUGGUGACUGAAGGGAUUUAAUUAGUCUGAAUGCUGGGUAGCGUUCUAACAGAUCUGACUCUUGAAAUUUGCUCUAAUCUAUAUAUGAUUACAGAGAUCCCCGAUGCCAAGCACGGUUUGCAUAUGGUCUCAAUGUAGCUGUUUGUUCAGGCUUGAAAGAGAAGCAGAAAUAUUUGUUCUUUUGUGCUUUAGAAUACAAAGCUGUGAUUAUCGUAUCCAAUCCUCCAACUGCUUGACAACAUUCACUUGUCAUGACUUCAAAGGAAAGCAUCCAUACCAGGCCAGUGAGUUAUGAUGCCAGGAUAUGUAGUCUCCUUGGCAUUGCAUGCAAGGCUAGCAACACUUCAUGAUUGUGCAUCUACAUUUAUUUCUACACCAUUAGCUAAAAGUGCUACCAACUCCCUUAUUGCGCAGGCAGCUUUAAUAGGAAAUUUGUGUUAAUCUGUGUAUAAACCCCAAAACCAUCAGGAUUCUCUGCAUUACCCUCAUACCCCCAGAAAUGUCCUGCUUUCAGUUUCUACUUUAAUUUGAUGCAUUUGCACUGCACUUACUUUUUGGCGCAAGCAAGAGCGGGUCUCAAAUAGAUUUAGGAGGAAAAAUAAAACUGAUCUGGCCAGUUUUUUUUUUUUUUUGUUUAUAGCCUAUAUUUGCAGAUUGGCUUUUAAAUUCACUACCGUUCAGUAUUUCCGACAAACUAAAACUAACCUUUCCAAGUAUCUGUCCUAACUCUUGCACGCCUGAUUAGCAGGUACAUAUUUACAUCCUGUUGGUGUCGGGACAAUACUCUCUAGUGAACUAUAUCUGAAGCUCAUAAGAAUGGAGAGUUCAGACUGAUUUCCCAUGACAUAAUGGCCUCUAUUAUUAUUAAUAAUAAUAUUCAGAGUUUCAUAGUCCCCCCUAAAAUUAUUACGGUCUGUUAGUUGCCUGAUUUUUAGUUCUUUACAUAGAAUGCUACAAUAUCACUUCUGUGCAGUAAACUGUAAUUUCGUUUGAGCAGGAUCCUCUUUAUCCCAUUGUUCCUGUAAGUUUUUGUAAUUGUCCCAUUUAUUGUUACAUCUCUCCCUACUAUAAUAUUGGAAUUUGUUGGCGCUAUAUAAAUGCAGAUAAUAUAACACAAUGAUCCAAAUACAUGCAUAAGAACACAGUAGGGCUAUAGUUUGACUAAGCCUGUGGCAUCAUUAAAGGACUUUUAUUUUUUUUUUUGUUUGCUGUUCCCUUACUGUACUUGACUUUCGAACUCUAGAGCAGGUACAAGAGUAGACAUUUUAGGUGUAUACAAGUUUCUCUGCAACUCAUAUAGUACAUUGACGUUAUGCAAGAAGAUGCCAGUCCAUCAAGUGCUGCUCACAGUAAACUGUGAUAUGUAAUUGCCAGAUCUUCAACUGAACUCCCAUCCACUGCAAACCUUUAUCAAAAAUAGUCUUCGUAAGACAAAAUGGUACAUAUUUUAUGUUCUGCUUUGUGUUGAUUUUUUUUUAAUUUAUUUAUUUUAUUUUUUUUAAAUUUAAAGACUUCCUGCAAGCGCCAUGACCUUUUCAGUCAUUUGAAGUGGUCAUGGUGGCUUCAGGAUGUAUGUGCCGAGUUUCACUUCGUAACGCUGCACAUAUGGAGUUUAACCCCUUCGCUGCAUUUAAAUAUUUGAUCUGUAUGGAAAAGGCCAAAGUGACAGCACUGCUUUAAGGAUAAACUAUAAACCAAAAAUAAACCUUUUAUGCAAUUAGAUAAUGCAAACUUAAAGAAAAUAUAGUGCAAAGCAAUAAAAUAUGCAACUUCAAACGGAUGCCUUCAUCUCCAUCGGGAACCUCUCGCUCUGGUGUAAGGGCUCUAUAUUAUCCAAUAAACCCCUGUCUAGCUUGUCACAUAGGAUAAGCUGAACUGGUUGAGCAGCUGAUGGCAGCCAUAUUGCGACUGCCAUAGCGGACGUCUGAGCAGAGAGACGUGAGCUUACACUACCGUUUGCCAGCAAUGGGUUCAGACGUUAAGAUUCUCAUCUUAAGAUAAUGUCCACCUCCUCUAUCCCCCACAGUGGAUGCAUUUGGCUCCUGCAAAGCUUAGUCUGGGAUAAUGGGCUGCCCUGUAAAUGUAGUACUUCGCCAAUGAAAAAUAAUAACAGAUUUGCUGGACGACUUUCUUAUAAUCUAUAGAUUGGCUUAUCUAUAGAAUGCAAUGUAUUUUCCGUAUAUAAAUCUGUAAUGGUUUUUAUCAAUUUAUAUAGCUCCUAACAAAGUGACUUGUAAAGAGAAGACCUUAUGGAUACUUAGUGGCCGUUUAGAAAUGAUCUUUUUAAAUGAGCUUGUUUCUUCAUGUACGGUUUAUUGUUGUAUUCUCUUAGAUGAAACCUCCAUCCGGCUGUGGAGCGCAUUUGUCAUUCCUCAGGGUUGUUAAAUACUAAAGGUUGGUGUGUGACAGCUGUGAGUUGAAUCAGCACUCUGUCUCAUGAAUAUCUGCGUUUUGUUCACUGGAGGCUAAGGCUGCUUCUUGGGCCAACUCCAGAGCUCAGCAGAGAGGACAGUGCACUGGCCAUUAAAUAAACAGAAUAAGUUGGUAUAUCGUCUCUGUGUUGGCAGCAUAUUUGUGAUGUAGAAUUAAAGUGAAAAAAUUAAAUUGCCAAAAAACAAGCUCAUGUUGUGAUUUUUUAUUUUUUUUUGUAGUGCUUGAUGGUAACAAAUACAUGCCAGUAUACAGUGGAGAUUUUGCAAUGCAUUUUAGUAUGUAAAAUCAGGUUAAAUGUGUACAUAAAUCAGCACGUUUUAUGAAGAUGAGUAAAGUAGAGGAACACAGUGCAAAGAGGGGAAAAGAACAUACAUAAUGGCAUUGUUGUAAGCAUACUGUGUGCCCAAGAUUCCUCCCUGUAGAAUAGUGAUUAAAGAGGUAUAACAAUGCUAAACUAAGUGGGUUAAGCCUCCUAGGGGACCCCCUGGGUUAUUGAGAUUAGACAAAGAAUACAAUGCUAAAGCCUAGCAAAAUGGUGUAAUGUAAACUGUUAGGGAGAUGUAAUAUGACAGGUUGGUCCACCCUCAGUUUCUGUUGAGAAGGUAGCUGUGAGUGGUCACAAGCCUGUAAGUGCUCAGUCUGGGGGCCUCUUUCAUCCUACUCCUACUGCAGGCAGAGCACAGUUCCAUAGCAGGAAGGGACACAACAGGGCCCCGAGUCGUGUGUGAGUGGAUGAUUCAGUCAGAUGGAUAGAACCAGGGUCUUCCGCAGCUCCCCUUGUAAGCAAGCUGUGGGCCAUAAGAGACGUACUUUUGAUGCUCCAGGGGUCCCAGUCUUGGUUCUGAGCGGUUUUGCUUUGCGUGCUGCCUUCAGCAGAAGCGAUGGGAACUUCCUGUCUCGCCGUUAUUUUGGGGCCUUUAUUCUUGCUGGGACUGCAGGCAUCUGUCGCUUGUUUAGGGAUGGUGGUGGAAGUGAGUGGUUAUUUGGCUGCUUUUGGGCAGAGAGAUGCAUCCUCUCCUCCAGGAUGUCUAGUUCUUUUGCUGUGUCAAAGUGCCUCGUGGCAUCUUCCAUGUUUGCUGAGUCGGCAGAUGUGCCCACAGCUGUAGUGGCCUUACCCACUUUUCGGUGGGUGGACCCGGAUCACCCCCACCAGUCCAAAGGACGGGAUUGUGGGGUCACCCAGAUCAGUGCUACCAGGACGUGUAACAUUUGUAGGGUAUUUAGGGUACUUUUGGGGUGUUGUGAAAAAGUGUACUUUUUCUGUGCUUGGAGAGAAUUGGAUUAGAAUUACUUCAGUUACUGUUCCAAUUAUCUCCCAGUCAGAGGGGAGGGGCUGUAUGCUUGUAUGUGAGAGUGCCAUGUAUUUAAACACCUUUGUCAUUAGUCUGUGACUCUGUGCUGCAGUCCCCCACAAGGUCCAUGGGGGAGUGCCCCUUGCAUGGGGACAUGCAUAUAAGGCCAGUUGUGGCUGCCAUUAAAGCAUUCCAGCUUGCACUCCAAAACUGUCUUGUACUGUUAUUGGAGGGAAGGAAGACUUAACCCCUGUGUCUGCUGUUCCAGCUUGCAGGGGAUUCAACGUGGAAAGUCCUUGUAAGGACUAUAGCUCCCAGGACUGAGUAUGUCGUCCAGUGCCCGGGGAGCCCUUUCGGCUCCAGGGCCCCAGUCAAGCCACGAUGACUGUGGGCAGAAGUGGUGUGGUUUGUCUCCUGUUCCUGCUAGGAAGCGGUCCUUUGGCGGAGGUACCCAGUUGGGGUACAGGGAGCUCUGUUACAGUGCACUCUGUCAGGGAUUGACAAAUUUGUUUGAAAUUUUGGAGCCAGCUAAAAAAAAAAGUUAGGUUCCAGGUUUUUUAUUUUUAAACAAAGUUUAAUGGUCAAUGACAAAAAAUACAAUUCUUAAGUAGUCACCAGAACCUCUACAGUUCAAUUUAAUGACUCUGGUGUCUAUAUAUCCUGUCCCUGUAGGCUUUACAUUACUGCCUAGUAACACCUCUAGUGACAGUCUGCUACUAUAGGUGACUUCUAGUCCAGUGCAGCACGUUACUGACUGCUCCCCAUAGAGAUCUAUUAAUUAAAUAAAUCUUUGAGGAGAUGAUUGAUGUAAUGCGGAUUUUGAUGCAUGUGCAAUAGUUUCCAAAUGUGUUCCUAUUGGAUAGCAUUGACUUGACUGAGAUCAUCAGUAUUGGUUAUCUCCGCCAUGGAGGUUGGGCCAGCCUAUUUUAAUCUAUCUCCACCCAACUAACCCCUGGGAGAACUUGAGUGGAUCCUUUCUCUGGGGUUCACAGUGGAUCUGCUGUAAUCUUCCUGCUAUUUUAGUAAUGCUGGAGCGCCCCCCCCUUACCACGUAAUCUGUAUGGUCUGCUUCAUAACGGCACCCAGCUGGACUUCUUAGUGCAAUGCUUCCCAUAGCAAAAUCCAGACAAGAUUGGUGGUCCAGAGUCGGUUAUAUGGCUCUCCUUAAUAAAUAUCUUGGUUAAUGGGUUCUUUUUGAACGCUCACACAGUGAAAACUAAAUUUCUCCUGUUUAAUUUAGAAUGUUUAGAGCCGUUUAGGCUGUCCAGAUGUUAUGGGAGUCUUAUAACCGCUGUAGGCCUGCCAUUUUAUUGCAACUGGUUUGAGCUUUUCUGUGACCAAAGGCCUAAUUUCAUAUGGAUGAUUUCUGAAAUGAUCCACCCCUUGUUAGCUAUGACUGUGCCCUAUACAUUCUGAUAUUACAUUGUUCUAGAACUAUAACCUUAUGAUGCACCUUUUGCAUUGAAAGUACAUUUUUGUUUUAAUAAAUAUACAACACGCAGUUAUGAAAAUGUAAAUUCUGUUCUUAGGCAGGGUGCGUUUUCUAGAUAAUCGUGUCAGAUGGGUCUGCAGUAAUGCUAUGGAUUGGGGACCAGCACAGAUGAGGGUUAGUCCAGCAAAAACAAACAUUUGGGUAGGUAUCAAUACCCGGGGUGGGGGAGAAAUCAUAUAUUCAUAUAGGUGAAUAACAAAGGGAGUUUUACUGCCGAAAUACAAAAUAAAAUCACUGUUUAGUAGAUAUACCCCAAAUCUUGCAUACUAUUGAGUAUGGAGUGUUCCUUUUUAUGUAAACAAGCCAAAAAACAUGGAGUUCUUCUUCGAAAUUCUUCAAGUUUGUUUAUUGCUUUGGUUUUAUUUAACCAGCAUUGUCUUGCUUAACAUUGAAUACUGGAUCCAGCACCUGGUGGGCCAUCCGUCAGACCGCAAUGUUUAGAAGCGGGUUGCUUGAAUUCAGUGGGAUUUUUUUCCAUGUGGCAGCUUCAGGUGUUUUCGUUGAGAUCUUCAGUUAUGGGUUUGAGUCCUUAUUGGAUGUGUUCACUGCUUUCUAAACAUUACUGGAGCUUGUUUUUCUGGGCAGCGCAUGAAAGACUUAAAGGGUUACUUGUGACUGAAGUGGUCAUGGUGGUAGGAGUAUUUAUGAGCGGUGUUUCAACUUGAAGCCCUAUACAUGUAUAGUUAGUUAUAUUUUGUAUUCUUCUUUAUGUUAAUUGCACCCUCAGCAUGUGAUUUGGGCAGCCCAUGCGCUCGAAGAUGGCAAAUCAGGCCAAUCUAACAACGUGGAAAAAGGCUGGAGUAACCCUUUAAUAAUCUCUUGUAUGCUACCCAAACACUGUAAGCACCAUAACCACUACAGCCUUGCAGGACCCAGGUAAAUUGUCUAGCAAUGCUAGAACAGUGUGACCAUUAACUGUGUAAAGGCACUGGGUCACUACUAUAGCAGGCUGGUGCUUCUAGUUCCUUUUAUUGAGCAUUGCAGUUAAUGAUUAAGUAGCUGUCUCUCUGAGGUUUGGUGAUUGUGCCCAGCAUACAAUGACAAAAUAGUAGGUAUAUACUCCGCUUCACAUCAUGCAAUAGGCAUAGGGCAGUGAUUUGGCUGAGAUUUCCCCAAAUUCAGUAUGAAUUCAUAUAGAGCUGGGUGAAGACAUCUCUACCAUAAGGUCACUGAAGACUGGGAUGUCAGGGAAUGAGAAUCUCUGCCAAACUGAGAGUAAACCAUUUAACUGUGAUACGGGACCUGGCGUCUAGACUCCAGGUAAACCAGUUCGGUCUAAAGUAGUUAUGGUACCCAUAGUGUUGCUUUAAGUGAGUUUAACUGUAUUGGUAACCAAUAAUAACACUGUUUUCCCUCCCCUUCUCAGCCUCAUGAAUUUGACGAGUGCCGCUUCGACAUCAGUGUUAAUGACAGUGUGUGGUACCUGCGUGCACAAGACCCGGACCACCGUCAGCAAUGGAUAGAUUCAAUCGAACAACACAAGGUAUGCUGUAGAUCACUCUAAACAUGGAAAAUGCCUUGAAAAACAAAUUUAAUGGUGCUUAAAAGCAGGUCUUGCUCUCUAUGAAUCUAUAAAAAGAAAGAUAAUUCAAAGGGUUAAAAAAUCCUAUUUUAAUACCAGAGUCAAUGCAAUUUCAGGUUUACCUCCUAUAUAAAUGGCCAGACAUGCUGGUAUGAGCUCUGAUCCGAAUGGCCAUGGCUCAUUGAUAUCGGUGUCUAGAUUAUGCAGAGCUUUAAAAAAAAAAAAAAAACUGCAGAUAUUGCUGCAUGUGUUGGUGCCAAUUAUAGAUGUCAGAAGCAGGGUUUCCUUCUCAUCCCUAAUUCUGAAAUUGGUCUGAAAGAUUUUCCUUGUCCCUGAUUACUGCCUCUAGGGUAGGCAAGCUGUUUGGAAGACUAAUCGAGAAGAGGAAAAACCAGUUAUUGUAAUUUUGUUUUGUCUACUAUAAUGCCCUGAGAAAUGAACGCUUUGGAUUAUUUCCCAGGAUAGAUUUUGGGCACAUUCAGGUGAAGAUUUUCACAUGAGCAGAAAUAAUUAUAGUUUCACAGGUGUGACACACACUAUAGUAAUGUGAAUUCCAAGUCGCUCUGUUUGUGGUCCAAAGCAUUGUUAUGUUAUGGGGCUGCCGAUAUUGUCUGUGUAUAUGUACAAGCAAUGUAUGGCUAAAGAAGACUGACAUUGCCCUCAUCAAAAUGUAAUUGUACCAUUGUGGUUUUGUGAGUUUGGCAUUUUCCCCUGUUAUUUUAACAUGGCGUUUGGUUUUUAAAUGAGUAAUGUCAUAACAGUGUUGCCUGAUCACCUUUGGUCUGUGAUUAGUCACAGUCUACAUUAAGCAAUUCUCCCACAUCUUAUCUUACGGCACAUUCUGCUCGCCCCUAGCUUAACAUUAAGGCACCAAAUAAAAUGAAAUUUACAAUGAACCUGUCCUAACAGGUUCCCUAUUUAAAUGCUAACCUGUUUUUAAAAAAUCGCUAUCUUUACCAUACAGAUACUUAUUAUAUAUGUGAAUGCUUUAAAAUUUCCUGCAGCGAUCGCACCUGAUUUGGGGGUGUUACUGUGAGUUUUACAUUACGGUAUCUGUGUUUGCUAUAAAAAUAUUCACAGCAGCUGAACCUCAAGUAACACAGCCUGUUGGAGGGUUCUCCUGCUCCCAACUCUGUGUGUGUGUGUUUAUUUAUAGGAGAAGGGAAUGACUAUUUUAAUUUCCUUACAAAACUGCUUGCAAUUCUCUGUAGAUGGUUUUCUUUCAUCAUUUGAAACUUGUGUGUAAUGACAGGUUUGUUUUGAGACCGUAUUAGUUUGUUUUGGUUAACAAACCAUAGUAGAAUAAAUGCAAUUGCAAACCACACCGGUCUCUAUUUUAGAGGGACAUUCACUAGUGCUUCAGGCUGAUCACUCAUUCACUGGACAGGCUGUGUUCAUUAAAGCCACACUUGUAUUUCCACUCGUAGACCAAGUGUUGUGUAUUUGAAUUGCAGAUUUAAUUUUUUGUGCAGUGGGAUUGAUUGACUCGAAGGAAAAGCCUGGGCCAGAUGUUAGUGGUUUUAAGGAAGCUGUUCUGAGUGUGUUGGAACAUUUCAAAUAGUGCUGUUGAUUCCAACAAGUGAAACACACUAUAAGGAAUAAAGUAAGUCCUUCUGCAACCUCUGGUUCCUGACUAGUGAAUUGUCUUUAUCCAUAGCCAAACAUGUAUCUUCCACAAGAUAUCUUUCAGGAAGCAAUAUAUUCCAAUGGCCAUCAUUAUCUAGGUGGCACAUGAUUCCACGCCAGCAUGGUGAGUCAAACAGUCCAUAUGCAAUGCCUUCAUUUGUAGUGGGAAAUUAGGAAAAAAUUGCAGUAAAUCAUGAUCCGAUUUCCAGUUUUGUCUCAAAAUAAUGACAUCGUUCCUUACUCUCAAAUGGCGUUUCUCCCUUGCUAACAAGCUACAAUACAAUAUUAAAUGUUUUUUGCAUUUAUAAAAUGUAUCGGCGAUCUGCUUUGUACUAUUAAUGGGUGUUUUUGUUUGUGGGAUGUUGUGUUGGGAUCUGUACCUGAGAAUAGAAAAAAAGAAGGCAAAGGCUUCUAAUGAAUGGUCAGAUGUCCUACUUCAUAAACUUGGUGUGGCUUUUUUUUUUUUCUCCUCCUUCUCCUUUUCAUUUUCAUCUUGGGAUCAUGGCAAUCUACCAAGCCUUUUCUGUUUGGAAGUCCUUGUAGAAGGAGACUUAAUGCUGCUUUGUUUAAACACCAGUGUUUACUCUGGUGAAUAGGUGAGUCCACACUCAGCUUGUUUAGUUUCCAGGCCCACCGUUAACGCUGUCAUACAUUGUUCAUUUUGCACCCAUUCAUGUGCAGCUUGCCAUGCAGAGCAAACUGUAGCUGUAUGUUUUAAAAAAAAAUAACUUUUUUUUUUUUUUUUUAAAUAAAUUCUCACAUUUAAAAACUGAUUUAGAUUUAUAUUUUUCCUAGGCCUGCAGGGAUUUAUUUUAUCAGUUUCCAAAGCUCAAUUAUAGAUUAACCCAGGGUCAAACUAUUUUUAAUGUUUAAACUGGGUUGAAAAAUGAUUUCAGAAUAAAAUGGAUUCAGAGCCAAUAUCUGCAGCCAAAUCGGUUUGUAUGGAACGUUUCACACAUACUGACUGGGUCUGUGCACUAUUGUACUGCAUGUGCCCACAAUGUACAUGGUUUAUAUAGUCUGCGUUCUCAAGAACACUGGAUUAGAGAAACCAUGUAUAUAAAGUUACCAUGAAUGGAACAGAAUUCAGCAUUUUAGCCUGGUAACUAACCCUUUCAUCACAACCAACAUGUAUGUCACGGCAUUUAAUAAUUUUAGAUUAUACUUUGUACAGACUGUAUUGGUGAUGUAUGAAAAUGUUGGGUUUGCUUGUUUUGUGUGCAAGCUCCACUUUGUGGUUUUUUUUGUUUGUUUUUUGUUUUGUUUUUUUUUUUGUUGUUGUUGCAUCUAAAAGGUUUUGUUUGGUUUUUUUUCACCUUUUUUACAGUAAGCUUCCCCCCCCCAUAGUGUGAGAUGGUGUGUGGCGAUCAGUUGCUCAGUGAUGUGUUGAAACUACUGUGAUAUAUAAACGUUGUUGGUGUCAAGGUGUGCCUUGUGUAAAAUGUAUUUUGCAUGUUCUGAUCAUCUUUGUAACUGUAUGGUAAUUGGUUUAAGUAAUAAUUGAUUUACCUCCAUGGUAAUCUCUUUAAUCUCUCUAAUCUGUGUUACAGACACUAAACUUAAUCUGGGUUAGUCACUUCCUGCUCGCUAGAGGAGCUGAGCUAUUAACGUGUAUUGACAAUAACCCCUGCUACUGCGCUCUGUCCUUGUCAACUCCACGCUGUCAGCAUUAAUGAGCUUUAAUACAGAGUUUUAUGUUGAGAAUAUUUCUGAAAACUUCAUAACGCAUUAUAAAAUGGGGUAAACGCUGACCUGCAAUUGAUCAAAACCCCUAUAUGCCAAUGUAGUGCUUGUGGUGCUUUAAGGCUGUGAAUGCUGUUCUCGAUUUCUAAUUUCAACAGUUUUAGAGCAGUUAAAGGGACACUGUACUCACUAUAAUAAUUUCAUCUCUUUGAAUUGGUUAUGAUGCCUGGAGUCCCCUGGCACUGUCUCUCCACACAAUAUUAAUUAAUUUUAGAGCAGCUUAACACUAAAUGAUCCAGGUCACCCACAGUCUGGCCUCUUCCGCAGGUGUGGCCAAGGCAGAGAUUACACACUUCCUUGUAGUCAUACCCUUCAUACCGUCAGUUGGAGCUCUGAUAGGCUAAAAACAGACAGCUGACACUAUCAGCCAAUCAUAGCUGCUCAGGCUAAUACUUCCUCAUUCGCCAGGCAGCACAGAGGGGAGGGGCUGCUAAGGACUCUAAUUUAGCAUUGAAAUAUAAAAAUAUGAAAAACUGUUUAAUGCUGAAUGAAAUUAUGGAACUUGGGAACUCCGGACACUAUAUAAUCAGUUUAAUGAAAUGAAGCAGAUACAGUGCCUACAGUGUCCCUUUAACUAAAGUAAGUUCUCCAGGCACCCACAGGACUGCCUCACUCAUCCUCGAGUUAUAAUUUAAUCAUCCGCAAUAGAAGUUUGAUAUACAUUUUAUUUCUCGGCUGAGUAAGUUUAGUAUCUUGUCUUAUGUUGCCUAGACUAUAAUAUAUACUUUUUAAAUCUAAAGUAUAAGAAAAGUGCUUCAAAAUGUUGGAUCCCAAUAAAAAAAGUGCAACAGUGAAAAUAUUAAAUUGGCUGCAAUUUUUACUGUUAAAGGGACACACCAGCACAAAAACUAAAUUGUUAUGGUGCUGGAUAUCGCUGCUGGAGCUGACUUUGGGGUUUAACUGUUCGAGAACAACUUAAAUCCUUGAGGUAAUUUAGAUUUAAUUGUGUCUGUGCCUGCAGUGUCCUUUUAGUUGUUGCCUUAAAACACCAUCGAUGUGGAAUCAAUCAAUGAAUUGAUUAUCGUGCAUAUCUGCCCCUGGCCAAAUUAAAGAAACAGUGCGUGCAUGCGCUUAAAGUAAUUCACACCAGACACAGGUUUCGGGUUAAUUAAAAAAACUUGAAUCUUUAUUCUGAGGGGACGGCAUCUCCCUUAUAAAGCACAAUUACAUCAUAUGCUUUGUCAGAGAUAACAUGGAAUAAUACAUCAAUAAUUGGUUAGGUGUUAAGUGGUUCAUUUAGUGCUCUUCCUACCGGGUGUGAUGUCACUGGUAUCUUGGAGGUCUCCCCCAGAUUCCAGCGCCAUCUUGUUAACGAGGGUGUUAGUCGAUGUCAAAGGGAAACUCCCUAGCGGCUGUUUUAGGUAAAUCACAUAGAAAGUUGAAUAAUGCUGAUUGUAGUUAUAUUGGGUAAAUAGGCAUUUUACCAACAUGGGUUGGGUUAAUAUUUUUGUCCACAACCAUCAAUAAACAAUCCAAAAAUAUAUAGUAUAGCACUUAAACAUUUAACUCACAGGUGUAUAAUACACUCCUUUUUAUCAAAGGGUCAAUGCAAAAGGAUGACUUUGAAAGCACUUUAACACUUAGUAAUACAAUGUCACAUGUGCCAAUACAAAUACUGAAAAAAUACUUUGCAGUAAUGGUGAAAAAUCCCGGGACGUUAAAAUCUCAAAAACAAAAGUAGAUUACAUACAAUAGUGCAAAAUGUAAAGUACAAUACAAUGCACCCUAAAGUACAGCUCUGGAGCACACAAGUGGUGGGUGUGUGUGUGGCUUUUUUUUUUUUUUUUUUUAAUAAUUUCAUUGCACUUUGCAUUUUGCAAUCACUCUCUAGUUGGUGCCUUUAUACGCUGUAUUCCAUUGACGUCCCAACCCCACCAGUUUUCUGUGAGAGCAUAACCUGUAGCUCGGUACUUAUUUGGCCAUACACUAGGCUGAGGACAGAACAAAAAUAAACCAAGUUUGAACUGGGUUUUGAAGAGCUUAUUAUUUGCAGGGGCAGCUUUGGGGAAUUAUUUGACAAUGUCCUACUUCUGUAGGCAUUACUGAAAACAAGGCCCUGGGAGAGUUUACAGGAUUUCUGAAGAACACUCUAUUUAAAUGUAUUUAUUUUCGAUUAUUUAUUAUCCAGGUACAAUGCAAGGCCUGUACUACUUACUUCCUGAUAUCAGUAACUUAUUAACAGCCAGCACUGUACAAGUAGGACAGUCGUUUGCUGUGGAGGGGGGGGAGGAAAUGAAAUGUUCAUCAGAUCUCUGAUGCCAUUUCAAUGUCCUUUUAAUAUUGAUACCCUUAAUUUACAAAGUUAUCGCACUUUUGUGUGUUGCAAAAGAACUCUCAUAUUAAAAAAUAAAUAAAUAAAUAAAAAAUUGCUUUUAAUUGUAGUUUAGUUUCCAAUUUUAUUUUUUUAAAAAUAUAUAUAUUUUUUUUUUUUUUUUCUCUCCAUGCUUGUGAAACCCCCUGUAUGAGUUGGACACAUUCCCACUAGUGUAGUCACAAGUUCCUAUUGUAUUGAGAUUAUGUCGUCCAUGUGACAAAUGAGUACUGUGUGCUCCAUCAGGGAGUGGUGUUUGUUAAGCAACUGUGAACCACACAACCUCCGUGCUCAUGUGCAACUGCCGUGACUCACUUAGACUUGGAUUCCAGCAAGGACGUAGGAUUAGUCAUUUUCCACGUGCAACACUGUUUUGUCUUUUUUUUUUUAUUAUUUUUUUUUUUUUCUUCUUCUCAUCUCUAGGUUUUCUUUACCAUGGUUGCAAACAAUGCAUACUUAAUACUUUUUUGUGUUUCCAGAACCACUAAAUUAGCCAUUGCCAUCUGCAAUCCCAGACAUGUUGCAAGCAAUGUGUUGUUUGAAUGUCUAAUUGUAGGCUUUUGUUCUGUUUUAUAUGAAAUCCUGUUGUGUACCUUUUUUAAUGUGUAUUUACUAAUGCUAUACUUUGUAAAUAUAUUGUUUUUUCUUUAACCGAAGCGUUAUGAAUAAUAUAUACUUGUCCAACAUAUUCCACAGCAAUGUGCAAUACAUUGGACGUACAGGAACAGACUGGCUGAGAGCUGAGCUCGAAUGAGUUUCCUUUGUAGGGGUAGUGUGGUGUACUGACAUCAUACAAAAUAUACUCCAAAAGGCUCCACAGCCCCUUCAAACUUAUGUUGCAUUCUCCGAAGUAUCUUAUAAAGACUCAAACUAUCAUUUUUUUGCAGUGCCACACCUAAACUAAAUCCCAGUAAUUGAGACUCUAUCCAGUCGAGAUGGGAAGCAAAGUCCUGCAGGUCAUUUGUCAUUGUCUCGUAAAAAGGUGCGGUCAGCAAUAUGUCUCUAACAAGACAUGAUGACUUGGUGUAUCCUACUGUAGCUCUUAAGGGGGAGGGGGGGAGAGACUGUCAAUCUUCGUCAUUACAUGGGCCUUUUAUCAGGUUUGUCAGUCAUGUAAGCAUUCAUUCUCUUGCAUGACCGCAUGUGACAGGGAGGCUUUCACAUGCAGUAUCUUAGUCUUAAGUUCACGUGUGCGUCAUCUAUCCAUCUGACUACAGGUUUAAAUCCGCUUUGCUUCUGUGUAUCUGUAUGUAAAGGAAGGGAGGCUUUGGAUCAAAUUCAUUUUAAUACUCUAGUGCUAAUGAGCCAAGCGGCUAGUGAAUGCCUUCCAGUACUGAGUCAUGCAGCAGUGUGGAUCGUCCGUCCCUUUUUACAUACCUGCUGAGUGUAAAUCCCACAUGAUGUCCUUUAAAUCUGUUCUGCAGGUUCUAAGGCAGUGUAGCAGAUGGCUGGUAAAGUGCAUGCACAAAAAAAAGACACAAUCAGUUUGUAUAACCACAAAACUGGAUCGGCAGGAGUAAGGGGUUAAAUACCAGGCUGAGAAUACGGUGUCUGUUUUUGCUCUGAGAGUUGUACUGAAUUGGAUGGGGGGGGGCAGUGAGAUCUUUAAUCCCAGCCUCUCAAUCACCUCUGCACACAUCAUAUACAAUUUACAGACUAUGCUGUCCGUAUGCACAAGAAUUAUUUUUACUUUAAAUAGAAUGUAUUCUACCAUUCUCUUUACAACCUAUUCCUUUUAGAUUGUGAUAGAUUUUGAACAGGGGCCUCAAUACCUCUUGUUAACCUGAUCUACCGUUUUUGUGUUCAUUUCACACAAUGCACAGUGCUGCUGAAUGUAGGCACUUGGUAUGUGGAUGUACAAAUUGUGACUUAGUCUUCCAGAUCUGAUAGGAUUAUGGGGAAAUUCAUAUAACCUAAACACCACAAUGUGACACUUGUGCACAUGAAUUCUCACUCCCUGAUUGGAUAUAGGCAUCCUUAGUCUCCUGGAAUGUCAGUGACCUGGUUUACAUAAAAUGUGCGUGGGGUGUGGGAUUAUAGUCACCAUUGGCUGCUUAGACAACCUAUUUCUAAUGUAUUUUUUUUUUUUUUGUGGAUCUUUUUAUAGUGGGGUGCUAUUUAUGCAGUAGGCUCCUGUAGGGAGCCCAUUAAAUGGUUUGUUUUUCUGAUAUUUAGGGCAGGGAGGCUCUCAUUGAUGUCACAUGCUUCUUGAGCUAUGUGAUUGAGCCAGGGUUGCGAAGUGACCGGAUUCUUUGCUACGGGAGCCGAACUGAUUAAAUUGUCAGUCAGCUAUACUUCAGCUAGUUUUGGCCUUAAAUUAGAAUUUCGUUUUGAUUUCCCAGCAAUUCUCAGCUUUUCCCCAUGUUCUAAGAAGCCGUGCCGUGGUGUGUGGCAUGUCUGGGUUUCCUGGUCUUUGUGCAUGGGGUACCAAGAAUAGGUAUUUUAGACCUCUAGGACAUGUCCAAGAGGAUUCCAUCUCUACUCAUUGUGGCAUGGCGGUCGUUACAUGAGUCUGAACCACAGUGGCAAGGAUGGCUGCUCUAAAGUAUUGUCGGAAAUCAGGCAAACCCAAGCCCCCCCCCCCCUUCGCCAGAUGUUUGCAUAGAACCUUGGUCGCCACUCUAACUUUAUGAUGGGCCCAUAUAAAGCCCAUAAAGGGCUUCUGCAGUUUGUCUAGAUAAGUUUUCGGUAGGUGGAUUUGCAGUGUCCUAACUAGAUAUUGGAACUUCAGUAAUAAGAUCAUCUUAACCGCUGCCAGUCCACCCAGCCAGGAUAAAAACGUGCCUUCCCAUCCUCUUUUGGUAUCAGUCAGGUCCCACAAUAGUGGGUGGUAAUUAGCUGCGAGUAAGUCUAUAUGGUUCUUGGAAAGAUUGACUGCCCCCCCCCCCCGGGAAGGAGAUCUAGUCCUUCCUUCAAUCUAGGGUGAAGGAAUUCUGCAGGAGCUCCUCCAGUGUGUGGCCCAGGAUUCCCACUCUCAUGGCUUGUGUUUCGGUGACAUUCAAUUUGUAAUCUGAGUGUUUCCUGUAACUGGUUAUUUCUUGUAACAGAUUUGGAAGGGAGAUCUGGGGUUGGGUUAGUGUAAGUAGGACAUAAUGGGUUUCUUUUUCAGUGAUAAGCACUGUUUAAUAUUUUCACUUUAUUUUGGUAAUGAUUGCAUUCAUCAAAGACUGUAUUUUGGCAAAUGCACAAUUUGAAUAUUUUUGUAAUUUGUGUUAAUGCAAUCUUGGUGUAUAAUUCAGAAUAUUUUUUUUUUAAGAAUACAACAUUUCCUGGGGUACUUAAAACACAUAAUAAUCUAAUAUCGUAAAGCGCUGCGGAAUUAGUUGGUGUGAUAUAAAUACCAAUAAUCUAACCAUUUGACCUGGCCGUUCUGUUGUAUGUGACUGGUUUUUGCAUGAGUUUACUUUCGUUCUUUGACCUUUAAUAACCUGUACUGUGUGACGGUCAGCCUCGACUCUCGCUCCCUCUAGUGUUGUAUUUUUAGUUUUUUUAAGGUUUUUUUUUAGGUUUUUUUUUUAACAUAAGGGAUUUUCUGCAUGCCUUUAGUAAGGGGACAAUAUAGAAUUUGUUCAGCGUGUAAAGGUCAUAUUUGUCUUUAACAGGGUUUUAAUGUCCCCAUUCACAUUUGUCCAUCUGCAGAAUUUUGUGAUGAACUGUGUUGUACAGCGUUUUUGCCAAUUAUUAUAAAUACUAAUGAUGCAAUAAGGUUCAUAUUUCUAAUGUACACUGUAAAGCUUCUUUUUUUUUUUUUGGUUGGCAAAAUAAGUAUGUAUCUGCUGCUGUUUGGUAAGGCCCAUUUUUAAAUAACUUUUUAUAUCUUAUUGAUUGAAAGUCACGUGGAGCAGGGAAACCUUCAGCUCUGAGACUUCUAGUUUCUGCCAUCUUACUGCAGGGUAGUGCGUAACUGCUGCGGGUAUCUGGGAGAACCUGUCCAGGUCAUUAAGGUGAAAAUGCUAGGAUUGCGCAGACAUGGCCACCCACUGUAUUGCGUGAUGGUCUUUCUUCCUUGGUCUGCAUAUAACAUGCUGACACACGGACUGCAGUGCGUGCCUGCCUUUUGGCUCUCGUUCUCAGGGUGUGGCGAGCUGAGCAGCUGUUAAAUUACAUUGCUUUAGCACUGCUGGAUUGGGAGGGCAUGGCUCCUAUCCUGUGACACUUGUUGCUCCCUCUAGUGGCAAGUCCAGGCAACACAUGCUUCUUGCAGUGAUAAUGGCAUAAUGGGGGUUGUUAUGAUGUUUCUUACUGUGAGAUUGUACAGAUACACUCUAUUAACAGCUGCCUAUUUAUAGAAGACCAGGGAUACCUGGGGAUUUUACAUGUCAGGGUAUACGUGUGCUGUUGGCGCUUUAUCUGUAUUGUCCCAUGGGACUGUUAAUAUGUUUUACCUGCUGCCAUCACGAUGUCUUUCUACAGAUUGGUGUACAGAUUGUAGCUGUAUUAAUCCUGUGAUGCAGAUCUAAAUUAAAAGAUAAAAUGUGCAUCUUGUAAUAUCCUUUUUAUUGGACUAGCAGAAUUUUGUAAUGAGGGCUUCCCUUUCCCAAAUCCAUAUAGCAUUUGUGAGCAAAAAAGACACUGAAUUCAAAGUUAAGUUCUGAUACUUUGAAUUUUCUCUCGAUCCCGAAAGCUUUUCAUUCCAAAAUUCUGUUAAUUAAAAUUGGUAUCUUGUAAUACCUUUUUAUUGGAUUGUUCUUUUACAUGUAGGUAUUAUUAGGGAGUAUGUGGAGCUCUGAUGGAAUCUGUGUCCUGAAAGCCGUGGUUCCCCUGCCUUCUCUGUAUUGAGAUCCUAGAGGGGUAGGUUGAAUCCGUGGUUCCCAUAGUGGAGCUAGGGAAGGUGCAUGGGGAAAAAAUGCUAAACUAACACUCUCUAGGCUGCAGUUAACAGUGUUUUAUUUUUGGAUUACAUGGAGAAAAGAGCACGUUUAAAAAGGUUUAACAUGGGCAGACUUCAUGCUCCCUCAUGUUGUAGCAGAAAUAGUGUCUGAAAAGAUUAUUUCAUUCCCAUCAUCCUGUAAUUUGCCAGGUAGCGGAACAGGGUCAAUAACAGCAAACAGCAAGCUGUGAGCAUUCUCCAUGCUCUCGCUGUCACUGUCUGGACAAGCAGACUUCCUUUGCUGAACACUAGAAGAGGUUGGGUGGGUCUCGUGUGCAUCUGCUCUUCCUAAAGGAGAAGAGGAAAAAUGGAUCGUGCGUGGACGUCGAAAGUACUGGAGAAGGUGACUCAGUGGAGCAGGUUUUAGACUGUGGGCAACGCAAUUUGCAGAAUCCCGAUGAAUCUAUUUAAAAGCUAUCUGUCCUAUUAGUCGCAGGCCAGGUAACUGCUGGCUGUGCGCAGGGUCCCCACGCAAAUCAUCUGACCUGGCCAGUCGCUAGACGCAGCUUUGUGGUGGCUGGAGAUAUUCGUCCGUUCUCCUGGCAUUUAAAGCGUUAAUGUUGGCGGUGCUAUUCUGGCAGAGCCUAGCUUUCAGAAUUGAUCAAAUGGUUUUACAAGAGAAUUUUCAGCCAGGAAUUGCUGAUGGUUUUUCUGCAAACCAUAAGUGCAUUGCACAGAGAGAGCUCUGCUAACUGCAGCAUUUACCCUGUCAGUGCCAGAGCUGUAUGCUGGGUGUUAACCAGUUCAUGUCUGUGUGUCCAGCUGCAUGUUUUACUGUUAUUGGGUUAACACUGGCUGGAUGACUGUAUUACUGACUCAAUCUAUCCUAUAGGUUUAUAUACAAAACAAACCACUGGAAUCACAUACUUGGAGUUGACAGAAUUCAGAAAUACUUUAAGCGUGAAAGAUCGUUUGUGUGCCUGAUUUUUAGUAUACUACAGAUAGAAAUGCUUAUUUACCAAUAUUAAAGCUAUGGUUUGGCGUCCUUGCACAUUGCUGCUUUGUAAUCAAUGUGUGCUCGUCCUGUAUGUGAAACCUGCUGUUUGGUACAAAUGGAUAGCCAGAACAAAAUCAUGGCUUUAAUGUAAAGUUCAUGACUUGAUGAGGUGCAUUCUCUUACUCUUAACUUUUACGAUGUAAUAAAAAUGUGUCGGUCUGUCUGUCCGGUGUAUUCAUUACAUCCUACAGCAGUGGUUUGGGGUUUAGUUUUAGGAUUUUGCUUAGUGUAUAAGUGAUAACCCUGGAACAACUUGUUUAAUGCUAAAAUGAACAUAAUGGUUAAUGUCAAUAAGCUUACUUCGUGUGUGUUUUGAUUUGUGUGCAUUUUUGUGUUUAUUAUUAAAUACGUUCUUGAUAUCAUCUACGGGAUUUGGGAAAAUGAACACAUUGUUACAUUUCUAAAGAGCAGAUCCCAAUUACACUUCCUAAUUUUAUCUCUUGUUCUAAUAGCUUGUACCAAGGAAUGUGUAUUUAUUAUACUCUGCAGCUAGCCCCUCGCAUGUUUGUAGUUUUCAUUUCUUUUUUUUCCCCCCUCCAAUCUUAAGAUAAUGCUCUAUUUUGGGUAGCUGUCGGCUGUCUCCCGACAUAUUUUAGAAUUUUGGGGGUGAGUGUUCCAGUAGAGAAUUAGUCUGUUUUUCAUGCAGUGGAGGGUUGAAUGGCAGGUCAGUGAGCAGUUGGGUGAUGGUAAGGACAUGGCUUACAGCAUAUCCCUGCUGUUCUUCUUUGCCUAAUUUUCUUAUUCUAGAAGUGACAUCAGUGGCUGAUCCCAGCGAAUCGCUGAAACCUGACCCCUGGAUUCCUUUUGGUACCAGGCAGCCUCCUGCAUGUUGCCUGCUGUCUUAACUCCCAGUACCUGCAGCUAGCAGGUGCCAGUGUCGGAAACUGGCUUUACUGACAUCUUGCAAAACAAAUGCAAAUUGUUGGGUUAGAUUAAUUGUUUGCUGCAGAACAAUCAUGGAAGAAGCUGUAUUAACAACAUUUGCUUGGCGGGGGGGGCUGCUCACCCUACAUCUGCAUCUACCCCCACAGAAAUUGUAACAAAUAGCUUUUUUUUUUUUUUUGGUCCAAAUUUUUAAGGGAGCCUGUUGACAAUUUUGGGCCCCCCAAGCAAGCAAUAUUACUUCUUCUAUGUUGGAUGUUAUGCAAGCCGCAACUAACAAUCUGCAUCUGUUUUCGUUCUGUUUUGAAUUGUGCGGUUGUGGACUUUACCUGUGUUAUUAUUGCCAUUUGUUGAAGGGAUCACCAACUCUUAUCAAAUGUGUUUUUAUUUAUAACAUCUAUUUUUACGUUUAACAGUAUUCAAACAAAAGCAUUAAUCUUUGUACUUUGCAAAUUGAAUGUAAACGUUCAUAAAGUACAUUCAGCUUUUCUAGCAUUACUUCAGCUAGAAUAAUUCAGGUAGGUGAUGUUCUUGUUACUUGUACAUUUAGUACAAAUUAUGGAUUUCUUCAUGUAUUUAAUAGCCUUCACUUCAAAGUAGAAAUGCUCACUGUCUCUUUUUCCAUUGCUUGUAGUCUGAAUCUGGUUAUGGAUCGGAGUCAAGUCUUCGGCGGCAUGGCUCAAUGGUGUCCCUGGUCUCUGGGGCAAGUGGCUACUCCGCUACGUCCACGUCCUCGUUUAAGGUGAGUUUGAUUCACAUUUUAUAUUUACACUCAAACUUGUGUGUGUCUGCAAACUUAGAUUGGUAGAAUUCCCAGCAAAGGGCUUCAGAUGGCACAUGUUUUGCUCUCUCCUCAGUCGUGGCUAAUCUUUGGCACUUUACUGCACACUGAUGAUACUAAGUUAUUGGUCUUCCUGAGCAUCACCCAAAUUCCUGUCUCAAACAGGGGCAGUGCCAAAAGCUAGCCUAGAUGUGCAUUCUCUACACAGGUCAUCAAUCAGGACAAAUAAACUGGUCCAGUCCUUAGGAGCAGGCAUAUAGAAUUUUUUUUUUUUUUAAAAGUUAGUUGGCUGGCCCACCCUUGCUUCCCUUAAAUAAGAAGUACAAAACUCACACUGCCUCCAUCUCACAGGCUGAGAUCAUUAGAAUUGACUAUCUCAGCCAAAUCCAGUGCUUUCCCACUGUUGCGCAUGUGUGGCAAAACGUGGUGCCGUGCCAAGCUGCCACUAGAUAUGUUACUAGGCAGUAAUGUAAACACUGGCUUAUAUCUGCAAAGGCAGUAUUUAAAUUAAAAUGCCUGCCUAGACAGGAUAUAGACACCAGAACUACAUUAAGCUGUCCCUUUAAGGACUGAACUGCCAGAUAUAAAUAAAAAAAAAUAAAAAAUAAAAAAUUAUCCCACUCUUCUAAGGUAAGUGAGGAAGACAAAUUAGAAAAGAUUACCCCUUUGGCUAUUUUACCUUAAACUUUGGCAUUCACUUGUCUCCGUCGUCACCAAUUAACAGUUUAAGGAAUAGAUCUGUAUUGUGUGAAUGAGGCAUGCAGGCUACUCCUGUCACUAGCUGCAUCCUCUAAUGGGGCUGCCUUGUUUUUUAGGUAAUCAUCAUGGUCUCUUGAGUUUGUAUCAAAGAUUGCUUCCGCAAUGAAUGACGCAGCAGGCUUUGUUUAAGGGACCAGACUGUACCUGCAGAGGCCAUAUUUACAUUGUACUUGUACUUGUGUGUGUGAGAGAUUGUGUGUGAGAAAGUAAAGGUUUUAGUUUAUGGUAGAAAUGUGAAACUAUUCUGACUUUCUAAUGUUCUGUUUGCAGAAGGGACACAGCUUGCGGGAGAAACUCGCAGAGAUGGAGACCUUUCGCGACAUCCUGUGUAGACAAGUUGACACGCUGCAGAAGUAUUUUGAUGCGUGUGCCGAUGCACUCUGUAAAGAUGAGCUUGAACGAGAUAAAGGUAUUUAAUGAUUGCUCCCCCAAUUCGCCUGGCAGCGAUCAUUCUUAUUCACACCCAUAGGCCAGUAGAAAUGACUGCCAUGAAUAGUUUUAUUUGCUGCUGGCUAGGAAAAUGUUCAAGCCUGCGAUGUUAAGCCAAGAGAAAGGUGUACAUCCUCUGAGGUUAUGGCAAAACAAAGUCUCCCUUAUGGGCAGGGAAAGCUUCAAUGAACACCAGCAAUCUUGAAGGAGGCAUGCUACCAGGGUUGAUUUACAAGCAGCCUCUUUCAGUAAGGGAGAAAUGAGGGAUUUAGUGUAGGUGGAAGUAUGGUGUUUUAAUGCAGAUUUUUAUUACCCUCUAUCUCAAGCCAAGAAUUGACUAGAGAAUGGUAUGUCAGAAUUUUUCAGUCGAAAUUUUACAGUGCCGUCUUAUCGGUCGAGGACCUCACAUUUACGUGACCUUUUCUAGAUUUGUGGGCACAAGAACUUAGCCCUCGAUUGUCCAUGAAAUAUAAUUCGUAUGCUGUUUAUGAAUCUCCUAGUUUCACUACUAUUGCUUCAUUACCCCAAGUGCUCAAGCUACGUAAUAAAAAUGUGUCUGACAUUAACUAAGUGGUGUGGUAAUUAUCAUUAACCCCUUAAGGACACAUGACAUGUCUGACAUGUCAUGAUUCCCUUUUAUUCCAGAAGUUUAGUCCUUAAGGGGUUAAACAAAAAGAGUUUGUGAUGAUUAGUGGAAACUGGCUGCUGCAGAGUGGCUGGAUUGUCUUGUGGUUGGAUCACUGCUAUUCAGCAUGCUGGUCCACCUCCGUGAUGAACCUUUCAUUUGCACUGUAUGACAAUUUGAACGUGGUGUAGAGGUUUUGAGCCCAAGCCAGAUAUUUACUCUAAAUCGUUUCUGUUCCUCGUUUUUAGUGGUUGAAGAUGAGGACGAAGAUUUUCUUCCUAAUCACGCUGAUGGAGAAUACAUUCACACCAGUAAUGGCAAUAAAGAGAAAUGUAAGUGAUAUUCCUGUAUUUAAUUUAGAUUCCAUUACAGUACUGUUGCAUGUUACAAAGAUGGAUUUACUUCCUGUGUUGCUAAUGGCAAAAUGUGGCUUUGCAGAUGAUUGUAAAGUACAUUUUCCAUUGUGCUCAUCUUGUCUUUAGACAAAUGGUACAUAUUAUUUGCAAACAUCCGAAGUUGCCUUCAUUACUUCCUGUGGAUUUACAGCCAUGUAUAUAGCUGUAGUAAUGCUAAGUUUUUAAACAGGAUUUUGAAUAUUCCUUUUAUCCCCUAUAUGUAACCAAUCUAUAUUUGUGAAUGCUGACAAUUCAAAUUAAAUGUAUAAAUCCAGUUUUAUUUAGCUCUGUCCUGGGACUGGGUUCCUCCAUCUUGUCUCAGUCUUGUAGGGAGUUAAUACGCUCUCUAAAUGUUUUUCUCCUGCAGUGCAAUGUGUGCCUUCACGGUGCCAGGCAAUUGCUAAUUCUUUAAUAUACAUUUAAGAUAAAAUAGAAGGUUCACACGUCAUAGGUGAUUUUCAGUAUUUUAUCAGUGUAAAUUUCAGACUUUAAGAAUUAUGCAGUGCAGCUAUUUUCAUGUUGUAACAAAGCCUUCUGUUUUUAGUGUUCCCGCAUGUGAAUCCCAAGGGGAUAAAUGGUAUUGAUUUUAAAGGAGAAGCCAUUACCUUCAAAGCAACCACAGCGGGCAUUCUCGCCACAUUAUCGCACUGCAUUGAGCUAAUGGUGAAGCGAGAGGACAGCUGGCAAAAAAGAUUAGACAAGGUAGGAUCGCCUUGCAUUUUAUAACUGCAGUGACCUGUUCCUUGGUGGCUUGCUCCAAACCCAUGGUUCUAUCCGUACACACCGCAAUGGCAGAGCUUUACUGUAAAUGGGAUACUGCAACCCCAGGGACGUAGGCAGUGCUCUUGUGUAAUAUCAGACGGACAUAAUGGAUAUUUCUAAACUUUUAUUCGGUCUGUUUUUACACAUGUAAAAAUUUCCUGGUUUGUGUUUUAUUUUUUAUUUUAUUUUUUACAUUACCCGGGUUUUUCACAAAACUCUGAAUGAGAACUGCCGCGAAAAUAGCGGUGAUUAUGCCUGAGCUGGAGGGCUUGGCUGCUGCUACAAAGUGUACUUGGAGAUAUUCUGGAGAGUGAUUUGAUUCAACUGUCUGAGAUCUUUCUUUUUUACGGUUACAAGUAAGCGUUACCUCUUGGAAAUGUUUUUUUUGAUUGUACAAGGUUUGAUUUCCUGUUCCUAAUUGGUAAGGCAUCUGAUUUGAAUAAUUAGUGGUUUGCUAAUUGCUAUUGUUUCUUAAGAGACAUAGGCUCACUCAGGUUCUAACCAUUCCUAGGGGUGGUGCAUUGAGGAGUUUUAUGUAAGAGUUGUAGAAUUUAGCUUGGCUGCUGCUACCAAGUGUACAUGGAGAUAUUUUGGAGAGACUCUGGAGGUAGUCUGAGGUAUACAGGAGGUGGGGAAAAAAGGUAAGAUUUGUUGAUUUAAAGCCUGCACCUUUAUUAAUAUGUCAGCCUUAUUCAGUGUAAUAGUUAUAAAAGCUAUUCUAGAAACCUUUAAAUACAUAAAGGGAAUUGACACAAUAAAGGAAGGAGACUAUAUAUUUAAAAGAAGGAAAAACUACCACAACAAGAGGACAAGAGAUACUUAAAUUAGAGGGGCAAAGGUUUAAAAAUAUCAGGAAACAUAGAAACAUAGAAUGUGACGGCAGAUAAGAACCAUUCGGCCCAUCUAGUCUGCCCAAUUUUCUAAAUACUUUCUUUAGUCCCUGGCCUUACCUUAUAGUUAGGAUAGCCUUAUGCCUAUCCCACGCAUGCUUAAACUCCUUUACUGUGUUAACCUCUACCACUUCAGCUGGAAGGCUAUUCCAUGCAUCCACUACCCUCUCAGUAAAGUAAUACUUCCUGAUAUUAUUUUUAAACCUUUGUCCCUCUAAUUUAAGACUAUGUCCUCUUGUUGUGGUAGUUUUUCUUCUUUUAAAUAUAGUCUCCUCCUUUACUGUAUUGAUUCCCUUUAUAUAUUUAAAUGUUUCUAUCAUAUCCCCCCUGUCUCGUCUUUCCUCCAAGCUAUACAUGUUAAGAUCCUUUAACCUUUCCUGGUAAGUUUUAUCCCGCAAUCCAUUAACCAGUUUAGUAGCCCUUCUCUGAACCCUCUCUAAGGUAUCAAUAUCCUUCUGAAGAUACGGUCUCCAGUACUGUGUACAAUACUCCAAGUGAGGUCUCACCAGUGUUCUGUACAAUGGCAUGAGCACUUCCCUCUUUCUACUGCUAAUACCUCUCCCUAUACAACCAAGCAUUCUGCUAGCAUUUCCUGCUGCUCUAUUACAUUGUCUGCCUACCUUUAAGUCAUCAGAAAUAAUCAACCCUAAAUCCCUUUCCUCAUAUGUUGAGGUUAGGACUCUAUCAAAUAUUCUGUACUCUGCCCUUGGGUUUUUACGUCCAAGAUGCAUUAUCUUGCACUUAUCCACAUUAAAUGUCAGUUGCCACAAUUCUGACCAUUUUUCUAGUUUACCUAAAUCAUUUGUCAUUUGGCUUAUCCCUCCUGGAACAUCAACCCUGUUACAUAUCUUGGUAUCAUCAGCAAAAAGACAUACAUUACCAUCAAGACCUUCUGCAAUAUCACUAAUAAAAAUAUUAAAGAGAAUGGGUACAGAUCCCCGAGGUACCCCACUGGUGACAAGUCCAAGCUUCGAAUAUAUUCCAUUAACUACAACCCUCUGUUGCCUGUCACUCAGCCACUGCCUUACCCAUUCAACAAUAUUUGAAUCCAAACUUAAAGAUUGCAGUUUAUUGAUAAGCCUUCUAUGUGCAACAGUGUCAAAAGCCUUACUGAAAUCUAGGUAAGCAAUGUCUACUGCACCACCCUGAUCUAUAAUUUUAGUUACCCAAUCAAAAAAAUCAAUAAGAUUAGUUUGGCAUGAUCUCCCUGAAGUAAACCCAUGUUGUCUCUGAUCUUGAAAUCCAUGUGUUUUUAGAUGUUCAACAAUCCUAUCCUUUAACAUGGUUUCCAUCACUUUCCCCACUACUGAAGUAAGGCUUACUGGCCUAUAGUUGCCCGACUCCUCCCUAUUACCUUUCUUGUAAAUGGGCACAACAUUCGCUAACUUCCAAUCUUCUGGGACUACUCCUGUUAACAAUGAUUGGUUAAAUAAAUCUGUUAAUGGUUUUGCUAGUACACCACUAAGCUCUUUUAAUAGCUUUGGGUGUAUUCCAUCAGGUCCCAUUGACUUAUUUGUCUUUACUUUUGACAGUUGAAAUAGAACCUCUUCCUCUGUAAACUCACGUGUAAUAAAUGACUCAUUUAUCCUUUUUCUCAACUGAGGUCCCUUUCAUUCAUUUUCAUCUGUAUUUACAGAACAAAAAUAUUCAUUGAGGCAGUCAGCUAGACCUUUAUCCUCUUCUACAUACCUUCUUUCCUUUUUGUUUUUAAUCUAACUAAUCUUUGUUUUACUUUUCUUUUCUCAUUUAUGUAUCUAAAAAAUGUUGUAUUCCCCUUUUUUACUGACUGUGCUAUUUUCUCUUCUGUGUGUGAUUUGGAAGCUCUUAUAACUUGCUUAGCCUCUUUCUGCCUACUCUUAUAGAUCAUUUUGUCUUCCUCACUCUGGUUUUUUUUUUUUUAUAAUUCCUGAAUGCUAACUUUUUGUUUUUAACUAUUUUGGCCACAUCUGCAGAAUACCACAGUGGUUUCUUUAAUUUUUUGCUUUUACUGACAAGCCUAAUGCAAUUUUCUGUUGCCUUCAAUAGUGCAACUUUUAAAUAAUCCUAUUUCUCUUGGACUCCAUUUAAAUUGCUCCAGUCUGAUAAUGACUCCUCUACCCAUAUUCUAAUUUUAGAAAAGUCUGUUUUUCUAAAGUCUAAAACUUUUGUUUUUGUGUGGUGUGACUCAGUCACUGUUCUUAUAUUAAACCACACUGACUGAUGAUCACUGGAUCCUAAACUUUCACCUACAGUAAUAUCUGAUACAAAAUCUCCAUUUGUUAACACUAAAUCUAGUAUGGCCUCUUUACAAGUUGGCUCCUCAACAACUUGUUUUAGAGACAAUCCCAGUAGGGAGUUUAGAAUAUGUGUGCUCCUGGCACAAGUAGCUAAUUAUGUUUUCCAAUUUACAUCAGGAAGAUUAAAGUCACCCAUGAUGAUAACUUCCCCCUUCAUUGUCAUUUUAGCUAUUUCCUCAACUAGUAGAUUAUCUAACUCUUCAAUUUGUCCUGGGGGCCUAUAAAUCACACCUACAUGAGUUACUGUGUGAUUACCAAAUUCUAAUGUAACCCAAACGGACUCUGUUUGCCUCACUAACUUUUAUUAGGCUAGAUUUUAUGCUGUCCUUCACAUACAAGGCCACCCCUCCCCCUUUCUUGCCUUCCUUAUCUUUCCUAUAUAAAGAGUGCCCUGGUAUUGCUAUGUCCCAGUCAUUUUUCUCAUUAUACCAUGUUUCAGUAACAGCGACUAAAUCUACACUAUCAGUUGCCAUUAUUGCCACAAGUAUUACUUUACUGAGAGGGUAGUGGAUGCAUGGAAUAGCCUUCCAGCUGAAGUGGUAGAGGUUAACACAGUAAAGGAGUUUAAGCAUGCGUGGGAUAGGCAUAAGGCUAUCAUAGAUCGAAGAUAAGGCCAGGGACUAAUGAAAGUAUUGAGGAAGACUAAAUGGGCCGAAUGGUUCGUACCUGACAUCCCAUUCUAUGUUUCCCUUUUUUUUUUGUUUUAGGUUAUGUUCACCGUUUAGUGAAUAGCCCUGUUUGUCUUUCAAAUUGUGAGGUGUUUUUUGUUUUUGUGACCUGGCAGCGUGUCACUCAACAAGUUACAUUUUGUAAGCCAAAAUGGAAACGCACACACUUUCUAAUAAUAAUUAAACGUCCCUCCUUCCCACCAAGGAAAUAUAAACGUCCCUCCUUCCCAGCAAGCUCAUUGGCCGAGCAAGCCUGGGCACACUAGGUAUGAUUCAAAAAAAGUACUUUAUUUCUGCAACAAGAACUGUAGUUUGCUAUUGUGUAUCACUGGGUGCCCAGACUCGCUCUAUAACCCUGCAAGUUAAAUUGAUAUGGCUUCUUUCUGCUGGCUUCGCAUCGUACAAGAUGUUACUCACAAACCUUUAGGGUGUUGUCACGCUUCUUGUUGAGGAGACUCUGAUAAAACAAAUGGAUUUUGCACUAUGGUAGUGGAGAACCUCUGAUCUUCUGGUUAUAACAGUCACACAGGUUAGCUACCUGUAUAUCAUGGGACAUGCAGUCCCAUGAAGGCCACAGGUAAUCUUCACCUAGAAGAAAAAGUCUGACUUUUUUUAGUAGUCUGGGUAUUUCUGGGUUAGACAUUUUAGGGAUGUUGGAUUGGUCACCACAUUCAUGCAGAGCAGUUCAGUUAUUAACGUAACCCCUUAAGGACCAAACUUCUGGAAUAAAAGGGAAUCAUGACAUGUCACACAUGUCAUGUGUCCUUAAGGGGUUAAAGGAAUACUAACAAACCUCCAUUCAUGACCCUAUAGUGUUAAAAACUCUAGCCGCCCCUGCCCCUUCUCUUGCCCUUCUAAAUAUAGUAAAAGCUUACCUUUAUUCCAGUCUGCUGGUUUUGCCCCUGAGCUACCUGCUUGGCUGACAUAAAAAUGAUUCUCAUGCAAUUACAAUGUUUUCCCAGUGGAAAACAUUGGAUUGGCUGAGAUUGUAAAGUCUGAUCUCUACCAAGGAGGCAUGUUGGGGGAUGGAGCCAAACUCCACCCUGGACAAUCUGCAACUCCUCAUAGAGAUGCAUUAAAUUAAGGUCCGUGGGGAAAAGAUCAAUGUCUCUAUGCAGAGUGUGGAGGCACUUAGUGUUAGUGCUGCACAAUGCGCAGCACUGACCCAGGAAGCACCUCUAGUAGUCAUCUGAGGAGAGGCCACUGAAGGUAUCCCUAGGCUGUAAUGUAAACACUGCCUUUUCUUUGUGGGGGGGUGGGGAAAAGAGAAAUACCAGAAAAUGCCUACAUUAUUGACUAUACUCACUAGAACAGCUACAUUAGGCUGUAGUUCUGGUGACUAUAGUGUCCCUUUAAUUAUGAAGAUUGGCAUGUAAAAUAAAAACCAUAUUAAAGUGAAUUAUUUUAAUGAUUUUUGGAAUAGAUUUAAUUAAGAAUAUCCUUAUCAGUGGAGCAUCCUAGUUUAAUAGACUAUAUUGUAAUUUAUUUUAUCUGUAAAAAAUUAACGGAUACCUUCUAAACAUACUGGAAGUAACUAAGGUAAAUGGAAAUGCUAGUUAUUUCUUCUAAAAGUUCACAAUCUCUGGUCAGCUUGAGAUUCUAGCUUGGCUUCCUAAUACACAAAUGGGGCACAAAUUAAUUAAAUCAGGUGGUUCUACAACCAUGCGUGCUCUGCAAUGUCUGUACAUCUUUUUUUGUAUUGUAUGUGGGGUUUUGUUUUUUUUGUUGGGGGUGGAAACCUACAAAGGGGAUUCUAAAGCAAAUAUAAAUAGUUUCUGACUAUAUGUACUAAGAGCAGCACUAGGAUAUUCAAUACUUGUAUUGAGAGGCUUUAACCCCUUAAGGACCAAACGUCUGGAAUAAAAUGGAAUCAUGACAUGUCACACAUGUCAUGUGUCCUUAAGGGGUUAAGGCCACAUAGAACUUAUGGUUGCCAUCACAUAACAGAAUGCUCCAAACUUAGAUUUUUAAAGGCUACCAGUUUUGGGGGUAGAUGGUUUUGGAGCUGACAAUCCUAAGCUGCUCAGAACCUUUAAUAACUUGUAGUCAGGUGUCAAAACAUAAACAUGUGGAACAAAUCUGUCCAGUUAUUAUCCUCGUAUAUUGGAACUACUGAAGAAUCUCCUCCUUAUAACAAUACAUUUUUUUCAAUUUACCUUCAUAAGAGCAGGAUUGUUGGCCCUAAAUUAACAUUUGUAAGGCUGUCUGUGAACCUGUUAUUAGGGGAGCUUGGGUGGGACUUAUUCACUUUCCAAAACGGUGGUCCAGAUCAUAGUCCAUGAACUUACUGUGUACAUGACUUCUCUCCAUUAAGUUAAGUUAACAAAUGUAUAGCUACACGUGGAUGCUCAACUACUUGUGAAGACCAGUGCAGUAAGCUUUACAUGUUUGUUUUUUAGGAAGUAGAAAAGAGAAGGCGGGUGGAGGAGGCUUACAAGAAUGCAAUGAGUGAACUGAAGAAGAAAGCACACUUUGGAGGACCUGAUUAUGAGGUCAGUCUUUUUAUCUUUUUUUUUUUUAACCAUGUAUACCUUUUUAUUUUAUUUGGAUGCACACAAAUGUGUUGAAUAACUGCAUACGUAUCUUGUCCAUUCAUGGUGGUGUCGACGGCUACUAAACAGUUAACUAGCUUAAGCCUAGCCAAAGGACUAAAACUAAUCAGUCUUCCACUUUAAUGUGUGAGGAUGUACUGGUGAAUAUUGUCCAAAGUCUUCAAAGAAUACAUGUAUUUCUGGCAAUUGUUCCAUUCCCUGCUUUGAUAACCGGAGCAGGAAUUCAUGAACGUCUGAUAAUACUCUUCGGGUUCACUUUUCAAGAACUCAAAGUAAAUGUCAAAUUUUAGACUAAUAUGGGAGAGGGAUAUUUAGUAUACCAAUAUUAAAAAAAGUUUUACAAAGUAAAAAUCAUGAAUCUCUGGCUCCACAGGUAGCACAGAGCACCCAUCCCAGGCCUUGUCCUCUGUCUGCAUUCUGUCGGUCACAUGACCCAGUCGCUUCACCAUAUGUCAUUUUCAUAUCCCUAAGAUUGGUGGAGUUAGUGUAGAACCCAGAAAGUAAAGGGAAUAAUAGGUUAUUAUAGACUACAGGCAGGGGAGUGCUGGCAGCCUUAGGCCUGGGGGGCAAAACCAGUCAAGUGGCCCAUUGCACCACCAAAUCAGUUCACCAUCCAUGCCCACCUUUUCCUGGUUUUAAAACGGAUAUUGAUGUUAUGCUAAUCAGUAGCUCUUUGCCAUACCCGCUCCUUCACGGCUCUGACUUUCAAUGUUGUCAGAGCGCAGGCUGAGAAUCUCUGAGCCUGUGCUCUGACUCACUAACUGAGCGCCGGAACCACGAGGGAGAGGAUAUAAUCUGACUGCACCUACUGCUGGUGCGCACCAGUGGACCACCAGCGAAUCGUUUAAAUUGAAUAUGCUGGUGUACCCAACUUGUGAGUUGUGUUGGCCGCCGGGCGCAUCUGUUGUCAUGGCACCCCGCGUGACCGCACAGCGUGCACACCCCAACGGCUGGCCCUGCUGACACACACUGAUGUUACUACUUAGAAAUCCCUCUAUUAAUACAGACAUCAGAGUAAACACCAAAAAACUGUGGAAACAGCUGAUACCCCUAAAUUUAUAAACAUUUGCUUAGUGGAUUUGUUGUAAGAUUAAAUUCCCUCUCCCCCUCUCCCCCCACUUGUUCUUCUUCCCCACUUGUUCUUCCCUUGUUCUUCUUCCCCACUUGUUCUUCUUCCCCUCCCCCACUUGUUCUUCUUCCCCCACUUGUUCUUCUUCCCCCCACUUGUUCUUCUUCCCCACUUGUUCUUCGUUCCCCACUUGUUCUUCGUUCCCCACGUUCCCCACUUGUUCUUCUUUCCCCAUGAUCUUAGUUCUCUUCGAUCUUUACCUCUAAAAUGGCACUCCUUUUGUCAAUUUUGAAAUGGAAGUAGCCAAAAGGUCUUAAGUUUUUUUGAAAGCACUUUGGAGAGAGCUGAAGACUUAAGCUUUAUUGGAUGUAUGCUGGACUAGAGCAAGAACAUGAGUUGGAAGCUCCAUCUGUGUUUAAAUUGUAUAGUGUCUGGAAUUCCCGUUCAGGAAGUGAAUUAGUGCUCCGACUUCGUGCCUGAUUAGGCAAGUGCUAUUUGUUUAUGUUCCAUGGUAAACGUUAAGUGUUGGAAUGAAUAAUUCACUUCAUUAGAGUAAAUCAGUCACUGCCUGUACUUGUCAUGAUUGCAUUGGAUCGUCUCUUGAGGCUUUUCUGCAUUUUGUAUGCUUCCUGUAAGACUGUGGUUUUGGUUUGUUCUUUUACCCCAUUCUCUUCCACCAGCGUUCUCCAUUUCAUAUUAAUAGAUUUCUUGUCUCCAUGUUUGACUCGGACAUUUCUAUAUCGGUUGCCUGGGGAAGAAAUGUAAACUCGGGCUGGCUUUGUUUUAUAGAAUCCUAAAAUCCUCUCCGUACAAUCAGCUGAGUGUAAAGCAUUGUAAACCCAGUGUUCUGGGAAUGAGUCCAUAGCUAGUGCUGUAGUGUAGAUUUAACUAACCAUCCUGUAAAGAACUGAAAUCUCUGCAAUUUCCUAAUCAUUUCUAACUACGCAAGGAGUGAGUGCUGUUUGUUAUGGUGAAAUAAAACUUGUUUUAGAAAAUGCCAACUAUUUUUGCUUGUUAAAAAUGUCCUCAAAGUAAAUCAAGGUGAGCAGCUUUUUAAUGUAGUUUAGAAGUGUGAGAUCCAUGACAUUUAACCAGCACAUUUCCAUUUUCUGGGGGUUUUAUUCUGUCCUAAGCAUGGAUUAAUGUUUCAAUCUUCUGGUUUUCUGAUUUGGCUAAUGCAUGCACAGGUUAUGCUCCAUGUGAAGGCCAUUCUGCAUCUAUCUGUGUGACAAAAGGGGUUGGGAAGGCACUAAAUUAAAAUUUACUGUUGUAAGUCCUGUGCACUGAAUAAAUGAGCAUUUAUAGGGGGGUCGGUGCACAAGUGUCAAUCAGCAGUAAAUAUUAGAAAUACUUUGGCCAAAAUCUGCUUCCAGUGAAGACACUCAAAUCCAUAAUGAUACACAGAAUACUUUACCAAGUAGCAUGUUACCCCUGGUAAUGUCACUAAAUGCCAUUAUUUCGGCUCCACGUAACUUUCUCAGUUCAGUCCAAUAUUUGCUUUCUUUGAAUUCAAAAGCUCGACUCAAAACUCUGACUAAAGAUAUUCAUUUAGCUUUCUAUAAUACAGCUAACAGUACUUUAUCAGCACAGCAAUGGUUUCUGGGAGUUGUAGUUAAGCUGUGUACGUUAUGUAUACGGUGUAAUCUUUAGAAUGUAAGCUCGAUUGAGCAGGGUCCUCUUCUACCUAUUGUUCCUGUAAGUUUAGUUGUAAUUGUCCUAUUUAUAGUUAAAUCCCCUCUCAUAAUAUUGUAAAGCGCUACGGAAUCUGUUGGCACAAUAUUAUUAUUAUUAUUAUUAUUAUUAUUAUUAUUAAUAUUAAUAAUAAUCUUUCAUCAAGUUAGUCUCUAUGGUAUUUCGUGCUUCACUCCCAGCACACCAACAGGAAGACUAUAGAGACUAACUGUCGGUUUUCAAACACUGGCUGACCGGAGGUGUAUGUAUAUGGCUGAAGUAACCUGCUAUAUACGAACGGUAUGGAUGAGAUAUUUUUUAACUUUAUUUAUUUUAAAUUAAGUAUAUUUAGUUUCAAAACUUGAUGAAAAGAUGAUUAUAUUGGAGAACUGUCACCUCAAAAUGGUCUUGAGUGCCGCUAUGUUUUUGUAUACACAUGGCAAAGGCAGCCGGGUGGGAGGGAGCCCCAUAAAUCGUGUUUUAGGUUUUAACAUACAGUGUGUGUGUGUGUGUGUGUGUGUACCUUUAAUAAUAUAAACCCACCCAGUAUAACUGUAACCUAACCUACACAGUGCACCUAACGUGUGUGGGUGCCUGGAUUAUCCCUUUAAUAAUAUAAACCCACCCAGUAUAACUAACUGUAACCUAACCUACACAGUGCAUCUAACGUGUGUGGGAACCUGGAGUGACCCUUUAAUAAUAUAAACCCACCCAGUAUAACUGUAACCUAACCUACACAGUGCAUCUAACGUGUGUGGGAGCCUGGAGUGACCCUUUAAUAAUAUAAACCCACCCAGUAUAACUGUAACCUAAGCUACACAGUGCAUCUAACGUGUGUGGGAGCCUGGAGUGUCCCUUUAAUAAUAUAAACCCACCCGGUAUAACUAACUGUAACCUAACCUACACAGUGCAUCUAACUUAUUUAAACCUGGAGUCAUUUUUAAAAUGUUUUUGUGAAACCUUAUCAAAACUAUGAUUACAUUUAAAUGUUCAGCAUUCUCAGGAUGUUUGUUUUUUACAUUUUGUGUGUUUUUAUGUGACAGGAAGGGCCCAAUAGCCUGAUCAAUGAAGAGGAAUUCUUUGAUGCUGUUGAAGCCGCUUUGGAUCGGCAGGAUAAAAUUGAGCAGGUACCCGUUGAAUCCUAUUUAUACAGGAGCUCUCAAUAUGUCUUAGCAGUUACAAGUGCACAGUCUCUGUAUCCUGUGACAUAGUCAAUGAGAUUAUAUAACUUCAUAUACGUGGGUAAAUUCUGAAAGCCUUUAAUGUAAAUAACUGAAUUGCGCAGAGCAUGGUAGUUUUUGUUAACCCUAACCCAAGUUUGAUACAUUUAUUGUUUACUUAUGCAAAUGUAAACUAAUUCAUCAUUCUCCUUCAAGUCUCAGUCUGAAAAGGCGCGUUCGCAUUGGUCAUCGUCUGUACCAACAAAUGAUGCUUAUACCGGAGCGGGCACUCACAGAUUUGUUCGCACGGUAAGUUGUGUUCGGUUUUAUAUUCAUUAGGAUUAUUGAAAUAUGAAUUGCUAGUUUAACUUAAAGGGGCACACUAUGCACCAUAACUAUUACCGCUCAGUGUAGGACUUCUGGUGCUGUGAGUCUUUCAGCAGGAUCCCCCAACUUUACUACAAAAAAUGUUUGACAAAACGGAGGCCCUCCUGGCACCCAUAGUCCCACUCCCUUCUCAGCUUCAUUGGUAAUGCUGAGACAAACUUCCUCGUUAUCGAUUGUCGGUUCAGCCUGGAUGGCAAAGAUGGCCUUAGAGAGCUGAAUAUCUUUCUCUGCUUCUUAUUGCAGGCUAAAGAUGGAGAGAUGCAUUUCAGAAUUUCCAUAUUUAGAAUAUGCACUUGAUAGAUUUUUAACCUCAUUAAUAUGCUGUAUUUCUUUGCAUGCUCAAAUCUUUAUAGUUUUUGCAUAAAAUAAAGUACCAUAAAUCUGCUUUUUGUCUUGUUUUUUUUUUUUUGAUUAAGCCACACCGACUCAAACCAGAAAAAGACUUCCUUAUUAAAUGAAUGCACACAGCUCCAGUUACUGUAUUGAAUAAUGUGAAUUACAAAACUCCCUGCAUUUAGUAAGGAUAUCAAUACUUGUUGCUUCCUUUUGACAGCCAGGUAAUGAAUUCACACUGCUCACUCGGCAUUCUUAUUAUAAAAUGUAUGCUGAGACUGUGUGUGCGCGCAUACAUUUUAUAAGAAGUCUUUCUGGCAGGACGGCGUGUGGCUAAGGAGGCAGGCUUAUUGUGCCGCAUUCUUCAAAAUCUUUAUUUUGUUCAAAAACGAAGAUUUGAGCAAGCAAAAAACACAGCACAUUAAUGAGGCUAAAAUAUAUCAGUUUUCUGAAGUGACCAUUUAAUAUGUAUAAUAAUAUGUUGGGUUAUUCACAAUAACUUUUACUUUAACAUUCAUUGGGCCUAAUCUAAAUGUACACCAUAGUGAUGGGGCAAAGUUCACAGUAAGAAUUUCCAAGCACAGAGUUAUCUAGUGAUCAAGGACAGGUUAUUUAAAAAAAAAAAAAAAAAAAUACUAAAUCCCAGUAGGGAAAAACAAAGCAUACCUUACUAUCACUUUAUCCUGGGAAUUAUGAUCAGGUCCACCCGAUGAGACAAAAAUAAAACAAUCGUGUUAUGUUUUAGGGAGUAAAAUAAAUAAAAUGGUCACAGAUUAAGCAGGUAUUGUAAAUUGAGAUUUUCAGCUCCAUUGGCAUAGUAUCUCCAACACCUGGAUGUAAUGGAUCUCGUAUAUCGUCCAAAAAUGGAAAAUAUUGUGUCUAGAACAGUGACUGUGCUAAUCAUGGAAGCUUUUGAACAACAUUUCAUAAAAUGUUUCUAUACAUCAAUUGGCUGGAAAAAAAAUUAAUGCAAGUUGGAUUUAAACUGACAAUCCACUGCCCAAAUACAAAAUCUAUAAAUAGGAACGUUUAGUAGAUCUACCUUGAAUGAAAACUUGCAUGCCCUUUAAUUGUUUUUUUGUUUUCUUUGUGUCUUCAUUGAAGUGUAUCUAUAAACCCCUUGCAAAGGUUGUGGUUCUGCCUUUGCAAGCCCUCCCCUUCAAACCCCGCCCAGACUUUGUGGCUAUCCAAUCACAGACUUCCCAAUGCAGCUCAAUGAGAAGUCUUUGUAAAGCAGGUGCUCUGGGCAAUAGCUAUGUCUUGAGUUUAUCUCCACUGAGCUAACCAAACCAGGAAGUAACAGGACCUGCUGUCUGCUUGAAAGCCAGGGGGGUGCAACCAGGUUGAUUUAUAAAAGCAUACAUUUUUAUUGAAAUCUGAAUUUUUGCAAAAUGAAAUAAAGAGGAUACACUAUCUUGCUGAAAAGCUUUGUGUGUGAAUAAAGUGCUUUAGGGAUCUGGAGUGUUCAUUUCAUAAAUUGGAACCAGAUCACACGCAUUUGUUUUGAUCAAAUAUUUUACAGAAUUAAAUUCAAAUCCACCCAGGUGGUCACUCUAUCUACAUUCAUGGUUUAAUUCUCAUUUGUACCCUUGCUCUUUAAAUCCUUUCUUUUUGUGCUUCUCCCAUCACGCUUUUCUAUUUCUCUCUGUGCGGUAGACUAUUAUUCGUUGUCCUUUUGAUCUAGCCACUGGUUCAGAUGACCACAGAUUCAGAAGCCAGGUAUUGCAUCCUUGCAUUGAGUGAUGCGUGCUUUCAGCAUUUUAAUACCUAACCAGUAAUUCGAUACGAAUAUAAGCAACUUAGUUAUGUCAGCUGUUGAUGGUUGUGGUCGUUAUCAAAGUUUAAAUCCCUCAUUUGUGUGUUGCGAUGUUACUGUAGUCCAGGAGUGGGCAAACUUCGGCCAUAACACUGACAUAGCAUAAUGGGGGGUGUAGUCCAGGACAUCUAGAGUGCCGAAGGUUGCCUAUCCCUGCUGUAGUCCAUUGCAAUAUGUAGCAAUCAGAAAGCCCAAGGACUGUAUCCAGCAAAUCGCAUACGUUGAGGAAAGUAUAAAUCUCAUUUUAUCUAGUAAACGUUAACACCUGACAAAAUGAACCUGGAAUAACACGUCGACUUAUAUUGGAGAGAAAGUUGUUGCACAUUAAAUCUAAACUGAGUACACAACCGUUUGUGGUGAUGAGCAUGUCUGUGUUUCUUGUGAAAGGCUUGCUUGCAUUGGAUGCUGCCCUGUUAUUAAAGGGCUGUCCUGGGAUUUUAGUUGGCCAUUAUUAAACACCCAGACAGCUUUAAGUUCAGUUAUUUGGUUUCUAUAAGAAUUCAAAGAUUACAGCUCAAACACCUCCUUUAUGUCCCUGACUCCCAGAGUUAGUACCUGAAGGUACCAAGUGCCGAUGGUUUUAGGGCAAUUCCUUCUAUUUUCUUAAAUGUUUUGGAAUCUUCCUUGUGCUGAUCUUUCUAAAACAGGGAAACUGCCUGUUUACUUCUGUUUACCUAAAGAUGAAUUCACUUUAGCAAAUUUUUAGAUUUUAAAAGUAAAAAUUAUAUUUUAAUAGGCUGUAUAAAGUGUCCAUUGUCAUAGAAUAACAUUCUGGAGAUAAAACCAAAUUGAAUGUUAAUUGUGAGGUUGGUGUUUGCUUUCCAGAUUAUGGGGAUUAGCUUGUAGACUGGUGUAGAAGGAUAAUGCCCAAACAAGGACACAUUCAGACGCAGUAUAUAACCCAUCAUCUAUUCCCGCAUGCCCAACAUGCUAUAUAAUGUCAUCUUUAUUUCAAUCACACUGUUGUGUUUUGCAGUGGUGGUGUUUUGUUUUGUUUUGUUUUUUGGAUAGGUAGCUAGUAUUUUUAGUAAAAUAAGUAUAUAACUUUAAGUACAAGAAUUUAACUACAACAAGCAGGGCUCUAAUAAAAUGUAAUUUACUGUUUAUGCUUAAACCUUUUGCUUAGAAGAUUUAUAUAUAUAUUUUUUAAUUUUUUGUGCAGGUGGAAGAGAUCGUACAAAACCACAUGACUUACUCGCUACAAGAUGUGGGAGGUGAUGCCAACUGGCAGUUGGUGGUGGAAGAGGGCGAGAUGAAGGUAUGAGCGAUAUACCAUUCUAUCUUUGGUCUUUGCUUAGUCAAAGAUGUAUGCGCUUUCCCCAGGUCCGGACUUUGACAGAUAAUACAUGUAGACAUUGGAAAGAACAGCUGUCUACUUUAAAUUUGUGAGUUGGUGGUUUAGAAGGGAUAGGGUUUAGGAUUGUGGUUUAGGGCUAGGGGAAUACUGUUUAGAGAAUUCUCUACGGGUGCUCCUGUUCCGCUCCUCUCCACCAAUACUGUAAUAAGGCUGCAUCAUACGGUAGGAAUAGAAUGCAAUCAUCUCUUCCAGGACCCCCUACUCCUGUUCUGGUGCGUGAGUUGUUCGUGAGUCAGGGGUGUGACGCAAUUUAGUUAAGGAGUUUUGUUUGGUGUGUUUUUUUUUUUGUUUUGUUUUUGUUUUUCUCCUACUAAAUGUGUACCCAAUUAUUAUUUUUUUUAUUUUUUAUGUUUCGUCGUGGGGCAUGUUAUUACUGUCACUAAAAGGAAGUCUGCCCCUUUGUUAUUGGCAAAGCAAAGACCAAUAUUCUCCUCUUAAUUACAAACUGAUUUAUAAUUUAUCUGUAUAUGUAAAGGUUUAUAGAAGAGAAGUUGAGGAAAACGGAAUUGUGUUAGAUCCACUGAAGGCCACUCAUUCUGUGAAGGGAGUCACUGGUCAUGAAGUCUGCCAGUAUUUCUGGAAUGUUGAUGUCCGUAACGACUGGGAAAGUAAGCCAUUAAACUUAUUAUACUUCUUUAAAGUCUUUAAUGCUUAUCAUAGAUACCCAUUGGAAUACUUGUCUAUGACUUAUAAUUCGUUUUUAUAUUUAUUCAGCGACCGUUGAAAACUUCCAGGUUGUGGAGAAGCUAUCUACGAAUGCAAUCAUUGUGUAUCAAACACACAAGGUAUUCCUGUUAAUUUGUGUGUCGGUGUUCUAUAUAAGGCUCGUCUUUGUUUUGUUCUGUCUUUUGAUAUGAAAACCAGGUAUAGUCCUUUUUUGUAGUGGAUGAAAACUUUCAUUUAAUGAAGUGGUUUCUGUGUAUAGUCCAAUGGGGAGGCGUGGAUAUGACUGCAUAAACAAAGUGACUUGGGUUCUCAUGAUGGAGAAUUAUACAGUGAGACUCCAGGUCUAGAAACCAAAACUUAUUAAUUAAAGGAACACUAUAGGGUCAGGAACACAAACAUGUAUUCCUCACCCUAUAGUGUUAAAAUCACCAUUUAGUCCUGCUGCCCACACCCCUAAAUAUAGUAAAAUCUUACUUCGAUUCAAGUCUGCAGCUGCUGGCUCUGCCACUGAUCUGCCUGCUUGGCUGACAUCAGCAGAAGUGGUAGUCUGAGCCAGUCACAAUACUUUCCCAUAUGCUUGGUUGUCACUGUCAAGGCGGCAGAUUAGGGUCAGAGCCAGCACAGGUCAAACACAGCCCUGGCCAAUCAGCAUCUCCUCAUAGAAAUGCAUUGAAACAAUGCACCUCUAUGAGGAAAGUUCAGUGUCUGCAUGCAGAGGGUGGAGACACUGAAUGUCAGUCACAGUGUGCAGCACUGCCCCAGGAAGCACCUCUAGCAGCCAUCUGAGGAGUUAUCACUAGGCUGCAAUGUAAACACUGCAUUUUCUCUGAAAAGAUCAUGUUGGCUGCAAAAAGCCUGAAGGUAAUGAUUCUACUCACCAGGACAAAUACAAUAAGCUGUAGUUGUUCUGGUGACUAUAUUGUCCCUUUAAGCUUAAGUUGACUUGGUGCGUAGUGUUGUAUAAUUUCUCCACUCCUUCAUUCUUACCAUUUGUAUGGUUAAUAUGCUUUCCCAAACCUUUAUCCUAUUGUAUGUUAUGGUGCACACACUCUGCCAACCUUGCUCCUAUUCAUAAGUGAGCAUCGGCCUUUUCAAAAAGCUUUAAAAGUUCGAUGCCAGCUGUCCAUACACUAGUUGAUAGCAACAUGGGCUGAAGAGGGAUCCUAUAACAUAAAACUAUUUAGAUUGGUCUCCUGAUAUCUUAAUAAAAUCUUAAUUGCAGGGAGCUAACAGUUGGUAAUGUUCUCCACAAAUUGAUUCUGUCCUGAAAAAAGUUGUGAUCACUUGCUGAACACUGUCAAUAGGUUCUCAACAUUACAUGAAAGCAUUUCUUUGCCGCCAUAUUGGAGUUUUAGACUGUAUAUCUGACUAGUGUUUUGAUGCAUUCUAAAUUGCCAAUGUGAUAGAAUAUUAUUUAAAUCAUUCUUAAACUCUGAGUCUCUAACAGUUGUAAUGGCAAGCUUCUAAUGUGAAAAUGGAAUCCGCUUCACGGCAUAAUUUUAGUUUUUAGAGUGUAUUGUAUUAAAGGGACACAACUGUAUUGUAUUGUAUUGUAUUGGUGUCUGGAUUCACUGACACUGUUCAUCCAUUCAGUGUUAAACCGGUUCCUAGCCAUUUAACACUAAAUGAGGGUCCUUGGCUAAAGGUUGGUCUUUAAUGGUGUAACGGAACACUGUAACGGAACCGCUGGCACCCCGACCGGGUACCAUCCGAGGACUCCAACCACUCUGCCAGACACCAUAACCACUGUAGACUCCCACGAACUACCGCAGCUUGGCUGGGGUCUCGCCGUCUCCACCCACUCUGGAUCCAAAACCAGGGUCCAGCUUUCAGUAGGUCAACCUCUCCGAAUUCCAGAGAGCAGGAACAAGCUCUUAGCAGAGCUUAGUGAUUAUACCCUGGGGAGUAUAGUGAUUAUAGCAAUCCCCAUAGUGUAGUUCUUUAAUCCCCCAAACAUGAGCCGAAACUUCAUGAAGGUACAAGAUUAUCUGCUUUAUUUGGCACCAAACGGCCUUCUUUUAUGCAGGUUUUCCUUACAUAGGACCACCCACAGGGUUUCACAGAACAACCAAUAACACAUGUACAUUACAGAAAACACUCCCAGCAAUAACACACAAAAUCCUCCCCUCUGCCUGUGAUAUAACUAUGGUACACAAUGGUUAACAUAAUUAUCACAGGAAAAAUACAGUUUUUAUACAUACACUGUAACUUUAAAAAUAUACGUCCAAUCUUACAUAUUCAGAAUCAGCACACUUUAAAUAUAAACACUCUCAAAAAUCAGACCAAUCCAUCCAGUAGAUAAAGUUAGACGGAAGUCCUUUAUGACCAACCGCAAGCACAUUUUCCUGCCCAAAACAGUUCCAUAGAUGUGGGCUGUGCGGCCGGUCAAUUUUAUGCAAAAAAAAGUCCCAUUCGAAUGCAUGAACAAGGCCGUUCGUGCAUUUGGCUCAGUAUAACAGUGAGUUCAAACUGCCGAACGGAACUUUUGUAGCUGAAAACUGAGUGUAGGAGAAGGUAAGGGUCAGUGGUGUUCGUUGAAAUGUGUAGCUGAUUUCAGUUCCAUGAAUUUGGCUACACAUACCGCUGACCUCGUUCGAAUGAACAAAGAUGGCUGCUGCCACGUGUUGGUUUGCACGAACUGCGGCCACCCAGCGGUCGGCAAUUUACCUGCAGCAGGCUCCCAGCCUGGGAGGUAAAUUGCCUGCACACUUCCACUUCUGGGUGGUCCGCCUGUGUGGUACUUGGUUCAGUAAGCCCAAUUUACUGAACCAAGUGGAUAAUGGCACACAGUCUUAAAGGGGCAUUGUCACACACAGUCUCAAUAUGUCCCCAGACUGUUCUUAAAGGGCCAGCAUGGUCCAAUACAAGUCCAUAAGCCACAACGCUGUUCUUAAAGGGCCAGCAGCAGCACAAUAUAAAUCAAUUAGCCCAAAUAAUGUUUGUAAAGGGCCAUACAACCCAGGGCCAUAGUCAUGAGGCAGGAGGCUGGUAAUCAGGCUCCUCCAACAGCCAGGGUCAAAGGACAGCUUGUCACCUAAAAAUCCAGUGACAAAAGGCAUUUCGUCACAAAUGGUAUAUGCCAUCCAUAGCGAUUUCAUUAAACUUCCUGACAACAUUGGUUUGAAUACCUGUUCGCCCAUCUUCAUACUAACCUAACUUAAUGUAUUGCUUUUAAGCCUUUCUCUGAAUUUCCUUUUCUUUGCAGAGAGUCUGGCCAGCUUCCCAACGUGAUGUCUUAUAUCUAUCGGCUAUCAGAGUCAUCCCAGCAGCUAGUGAGAAUGAAACGGACACGUGGAUUGUCUGUAACUUUUCUGUGGAUCAUGACAGUGCUCCGGUGAGUAGCUCCAUUUCCUGGGGUAUUAUUUAUUAGCGCCAGCAUAUUCCAAAGCACUUUACAAUCCUAGAAUGGGAAUAACGAUCUGUGAAUGCUGAAUGUUGGUUAUCCUGAUGGUGGUUUGAAAGAAUGAGUUUAGCUUUCCCUGAUGGCAUUGUCUUUAUGCUUUGUAAACUGUAUCUCUUCUGACUAGAGAGCAUUUUUCUAAUAGUUUGCUAUUUUUCCAUAGAAAUCAGUAGAUGAGCUUGUCUGUUAUAAUCUAGUCAUGAACGUGCAUUUCAAACCAAUCUCCACCAGCUACUUUUUGUUUAAUUAUACUUUUUUUUUUUUUUUUUCAUACGGGAGACUUCAUUUAAACUUUGUUACAUUGUAAAAUUAUUCUUUACUUGUAUUCAAACAGCUUAACAACCGGUGUGUUCGUGCCAAAAUUAACAUUGCGUUGAUCUGUCAAACACUGGUCAGCCCCCCUGAAGGAAACCAGGAAAUAAGCAGAGACAACAUUCAUUGCAAGAUCACAUAUGUUGCAAAUGGUAGGACUUCCUUUAAAAAAAAUGUUUGCAUGGUUGGAAGCCUGUAAAAUAAAAGAUGUUCGGUUUAGAUACAAACUAUCGAGUUUUCCUUCCAGUGAGGUGGGAGUGACCCUCUCUGAGAAGCCUGGUACUGGUGAAUAAAAUUGGGACAGACGGGCAUUGCAGAUUUAUAUCUGUAGAGGUGUUUUGUUUUACAAGAGCGGUUAUAAACAAUUGGGGUUAGAGACUAAGAGAGGACCCCUCAUGCACCAUAAUCUAUACAGUAUGGCUUUACGCUGCUUGGAGGGUCCCUUUAAGGGAUUGCAGAAAAUGUAAUUUGCUCCACUUGCAAGUAUUUAUCAGUGAAUGUGGGAGGAAUCCCACACAGCACCCAUGUGAAAUGGGGCCAUGGUAUGUGCCGUGUUAUAGAGACAGAAUGGCUGCAAACCACUUGUAACGGAGCUCCAGUACUCCGACAGAGUACCUCCUCCAAGUUUGCUUCCUAGUAGCUAUCAGGGACCGUGGAGCACUUCAGACCCUGUCACCGAGGCUUGACUGGGAUCACUUAGGGCCUUUUCCACCCUGGACCAAACACUAGACGACACAUGGUGAAGGUUAAACAGCAGGUCUGACCACAGCACACAUUUUAAUCCCCCAACAACCUCCUUUACAUACAAUAGGUUAAUAAGAGCACUAUAGCACAAAGAAGGGUGGGGUCAGACAAUAGCAAAGGCUGAUGAGAUUGCCAAACCAGUUAAAACUGGCUGCUUUGUCCCUCCUCAGUGUCCCUUGGACAACGCCCUGCUGUGGAUACAAUAGGACAGGAAAAAGGGGGAGGGGGAGAUGCACCGACCAGCAAGACAUUCAACAUACCCUACACAAAUAGGCACAGGGUGACCAAACACAGAAGGAAUUUGGGGGCCCACACAUGGUAUUCACCGUCACUGGGGAUGGAAGACAGACACUGUCACACCACUCUCGCUACAAUUCAUGGGGCGUAAGGCAAAUCCCGUUUCUGGGUUAAGAGGAACCAUCACUUGUAAGGGAUUUAAUAUUUUGUUUACUUUUCUCCUUUAUUUAUGUGUCAGAAAAUACAAUUUAAAUGUAGAAAUCCACACCUCUGUAUAUAUCUCUAUACCUCCAUCUUGGAACUGAGCUUUUGUCAAUCAUUGAUAUGAUGUCCAUAUAGAGGUGUAGAAUUGAGUCAAUGAUUACCUUUCUCCUAAUUUACAAUAUGUGCUUUGGCUGUGCCUGAACUGGGUCGUGAUCUCCGUUGUUAAAUCCUAACUAUAAAGAUUAACGUUGCCUUUUGCAAGCUUGCGCUACUUAGUUGUGACUAAGAAUAUAAAAAGUUACAUUGUGAGUUUCUUAUUUAGAUUAAAUUGUUUGUUCUCCUUCCAGUGAAUCCAGGCGGUUGGGCUCCUGCGUCGGUGCUUCGAGCAGUAGCCAAGCGAGAAUAUCCAAAGUUUCUUAAACGGUUUACUUCAUAUGUACAGGAGAAAACCGCCGGCAAACCUAUAUUUUUCUAGCAAUUGACCGGUAAGUAAAUAUUUGGUUAAUUCAGGUUGGGUUUGAUUUGAAUCAUGAUUUUUAAAAGUAAAAACUAAUUCUUGCUGAUUGUUAUAAUAUGUAAUAUUUGCAACCAAAUGAAGAUUUCCUAUUUUAAAUUACUUUUAGUUUACAUCAGAACUGAUUUGUUCUAUACCAUUCUUAAUACAUGGGUAAUGAUGUAUUAUUGCAGGGUAAACUAUUCCAAGUUUAAAGGGAAACUAUAUAGUGUUACAUCUGUCACUUACCUCAGUCCAGUGCUGGUGUCCCUUGGCGCUCACUUGGAUUCACCUUUGCUCCUCCACCACUGAUGUCAUAAGGUUAUGGUGUAAGGAGGUCCCCUGUCCCCCAUUACGCAAUGUAUAACUGUAGCCAUAAGGUUAUGGUGUAAGGAGGUCCCCUGUCUCACCGCCCACAGUGUAUUAUAACUGCAGCUAUAAGGUUAUGGUGUAAGGAGGUCCCCUGUCUCACCGCCCACAGUGUAUUAUAACUGUAGCCAUAAGGUUAUGGUGUAAGGAGGUCCCCUGUCUCCCCGCCCACAGUGUAUUAUAACUGUAGCUAUAAGGUUAUGGUGGAGGAGGUCCCCUGUCUCCCCGCACACAGUGUAUUAUAACUGCAGCUAUAAGGUUAUGGUGUAAGGAGAUCCCCUGUCUCCCCGCACACAGUGUAUUAUAACUGUAGCUAUAAGGUUAUGGUGUAAGGAGGUCCCCUGUCUCCCCGCACACAGUGUAUUAUAACUGCAGCUAUAAGGUUAUGGUGUAAGGAGGUCCCCUGUCUCCAUACACAGAGUAUUAUACUUCAGCUAUAAGUUAUGGUGUAAGGAUGUCCCUGUCUCCCGCCCACGGUGUAUUACUAUAGCUGCAGCUAUAAGGGUUGCUUGGUGUAAGGAGGGUCCCUGUCUCCCAGCACCACGGUAUGGUAUAACUUUCCACCAGCCUAUAAGGUUAUGGUGUAAAGAGGUCCCCUGUCUCCCUGCACACAGUGUAUUAUAACUGCAGCUAUAAGGUUAUGGUGUAAGGAGGUCCCCUGUCUCCUCGCACACCGUGUAUUAUAACUGCAGCUAUAAGGUUAUGGUGUAAGGAGGUCCCUGUCUCCCUGCACACAGUGUAUUAUAACUGCAGCUAUAAGGUUAUGGAGUAAGGAGGUCCCCUGUCUCCCCGCACACAGUGUAUUAUAACUGCAGCUAUAAGGUUAUGGAGUAAGGAGGUCCCCUGUCUCCCGCACACAGUGUAUUAUAACUGUAGCCAUAAGAUUUAUGGUGGAGGAGGGUCCCCUGUCUCCCCUUUUUCAGUGUAUUAUAACUGCAGCCUGGGUUAUGGUGUAGGGGUCCUGUCUCCCCGCCCACAGUGUAUUAUAACUGUAGCUAUAAGGUUAUGGUGUAAGGAGGGUCCCCUGUCUCCCCGCACACAGUGUAUUAUAACUGCAGCUAUAAGGUUAUGGUGUAAGGAGGUCCCCUGUCUCCCGCACACAGUGUAUUAUAACUGCAGCUAUAAGGUUAUGGUGUAAGGAGGUCCCCUGUCUCCCGCACACAGUGUAUUAUAACUGCAGCUAUAAGGUUAUGGUGUAAGGAGGUCCCCUGUCUCCCCGCACACAGUGUAUUAUAACUGCAGCUAUAAGGUUAUGGUGUAAGGAGGUCCCCUGUCCCCCAUUACGCAAUGUAUUAUAACUGCAGCUAUAAGGUUAUGGUGUAAGGAGGUCCCCUGUCUCCCCGCCCACAGUGUAUUAUAACUGUAGCUAUAAGGUUAUGGUGUAAGGAGGUCCCCUGUCUCCCUGCACACGGUGUAUUAUAACGGCAGCUAUAAGGUUAUGGUGUAAGGAGAACCCCUGUCUCCCCGCACACAGUGUAUUAUAACUGCAGCUAUAAGGUUAUGGUGUAAGGAGGUCCCCUGUCUCCCCGCCCAGUGUAUUAUAACUGCAGCUAUAAGGUUAUGGUGUAAGGAGGUCCCCUGUCUCCCCGCCCAUAGUGUAUUAUAACUGUAGCUAUAAGGUUAUGGUGUAAGGAUGCCCCCCUGUCCCAGUCACCCUGCACACAGUGUAUUCUAUAAAAAGGCCUGCCCCUUUCCUAGGGUACAUUACAGCAAGUUUUGAUUCUUCCUCUUUAAAUUUAUAGCACACCUAUGCUCAUCAAGUCCUAAAUUACCCUUGUAUGUUGGAGAGAGCCUAAAUUGUGCUUGCCUGUCUGCACGGUCAGGUACUCAUCGUAUGCAAAAAUACAACUGCUGCUUACAGAGCCUAGUUUCUGUGUUUGCUGCUGAUUGCCUCUGCUCUUGUAGCAGCUGCAAGACCUUUCAUAUAUGUGGGUGGGGAAAUUUAUAUAUAAUAUAAUUUGUCAUCUACAUUUGUGAAACCCGGUUUAUUUCCAUUAAAAUCCAAAGUUAUAGAAAUGGUUCCACACGGUAUGUGCAUCAAGGGGCUCUUCCCUCUAUGGUCAUGUCAUACACUGUACUUUAAUGUACAAUCAUUCAUCUUUUUCUUUUUUCUCAGCAAAACGGUUUAUUGUAACGAAGAACUGUAGUGAGAGCCCUCAUUUUUUUUUGUUUAUUUUGUAUUACUGUUUCAUACCCAUGCUUGACCCCUACCUUAAUGUUCUGCUCUUUUCUACGCUUUGAGUUAUUUUCAACAUUUAGAAGUGCAUGUGUGGAAUAAUUAAAUUUUAAAUGAAAAAUGUCCCUCUUUAACCACUGAGUGAUAACAAUCCAGUUGUACUCUAAAAGCUGUCUGUUGAAUAGCACCAUGUAGUAAACCGUACUGUGCAGCCAUUUUAAAAAGCGUUAACUGUCAUUUCUUCCUCAGCUACAUGAAGGCCGUAUGAACAUUCCACAUUAUAUUAGACGGAGCGAUUCACAUCAGAAAUGGAACACGAUCUGCAGCCGCCUUCGUUAUUUUCUCCUCUAUAGCUUUUAAGGCAUCCCAAAAUGAGGGCGGAAAACCUACAGUGGACAGGCAAUCAAACACUAGCUGUCUAAUGUCAGUCCUCCUCGCGGAGUCUGUGUGUAAUUUAUAUCCACAUGUACAGCUUUUUUCCCUUUUUUUUUUUUUUUUUUUUCCCGGUCUGUUUGCUUUGAAGGAUUACAGUUGUAUUUUAACUCACAACCUAUAUGGCUCAAGGCUUUUAUCUUCAAAACUGUACAAAAUGCUCGUCUACCAUAGGCCUGUAACAGUAAAUAAGCCAUAAAGAGGUUUGUGUUUUUGAGCAUAAAAAUAUGAACAGAUUGUGAGGGGUUUUUUUUGUUUGUUUGUUUGUUUUUUUACUUUCCAGGGUGUGAGAAAGUUUAUUGGUGGGAAGUGUGUUUUGUUUUUUUUGUUUUUUGUUUUUUUUAUUGUUUUUUUGGAAUAUAAAUAUAUUUUGAUUGCUUGUUGCAAAUCCUUGCAGGAGCACUGUAAAAUUAUAGAUAAGAGGGCUGUUCUAAUCGAUGGCUUUGCCUUUCUAUAUGUAACUCCUAUGAAGACUCAAAGUCUGAUGGGGUUCUAUAAAAUCUAAGAAAGCUUUAUUUUCUCCCCCCAAAAUAUAUCUCUAUAUUUCUAUUGCAUUUUUGGUUUGUGGCGCAAAAUUGUGUUCUUUAUACAAUCCAGACAUUUCAAGAUUAAUUCUUGAAGAUCUAUUAAUCUGUCUGAAAACGGUCUCUGUUUCUCUGAGGACAAGCCAUGCUGUUCAGAAUGUGCAAGUCGUUCUCUGUGUUUAUAGAUUGCUGGGGCGGCUUGCAGAGGUCUUGCUUUGUGCCCCCAGCAGAUCUGUGUCUUCACUCUUUGCUGAAUUUAAAGACAGGCUAACCCAUCUAAAUUAAAGUAAAGAGAUAUAUGUCAAUGCUCUGCAUUUCAAUUUUGUGGGGUCUGCCCCAUAUAAAAAGAUAUGUGAACUUAAAAAGUUUGUUCCCAACAAAACCAAGAAUAGUCUCUGUAUAAAAUGGCUGGAUUUUCCCUUACUGGUCUUGGCCUGCAUCACUGGUUGACAAACUAGCUCAAAAUGGUUAUUUUCACUAUCUAUGAAGCCAACAUGACCUGAUGGGCCUUUCCUGUACUGCAAAGAAAUAUUAUCUGUCUACCUCUAGUGAUAAAUAUACCAGUUUCUACUUGGUUUAUAUUUGCAGAGUACCCAGAAUGGAAUAUCUUGUUCAAAUCAUGGAUGGGCCUGUCUUUAAUAUCACAUUAUCAGUGUUGGAUUUAACAAUAUUUUAUAUUAAUUGUAUGCGUUUAUAUGUUUUAAGACAGUCAUUUGUUUAUAUUUAUAUAUAAAUGUAUAUCCUAUUUUUCUUUUGGGGGGAAUGCAGUUUUUGAUGGUAUUUGGGAUUUUCAUUAAAACAAAAUGUGAAUAUAGAUAUAUAGAAGUGUAAGAUUUGGCUCAGAUUAAAUUUUCUCACAUAACUUGUUCAAUAGUAGUCCUAUUACAUCCCGUAUACUACACAAUGUUUGCAUUCCCAGUUGUUACUGCCCAUUGUUCUUCUCCUUUAUGGAUACAGAAUUCUGGCUCAUUUCUUAACUUUACAUUCGGUCUUGUGCAUCUCUUAAAAUAUUAAAGAUCUACAAUUAUAUAAAUGUAAUUCCUUGUCACAUACACACUAGCUAUGUGAUUUAGACUUUUUUUUUAUUUUUUAUUUUAUAAACUGGGUUAAAACAAGUAUAUUGAAACGCAGAUGUAUAUAAUCGAUUUUUGUGUACAAAUUUCAGAAAACUUUGCAAAAUAAACUACUACCUACAGAUAUUUUCUGCCUUGGGAGUGUAACGCUUUUCCUGUACAAAUACAAAGAACUUGGUCCUUAGACAGCGUUCCCAAUUGCUUACUACAUAUAUAUAUAUAUACUCCUAAUGACUUUAUUUUUCUCUCUCCAAGAAAAAUGCCUUACUACAACUAAAAGCUGUUUUAUGGUGUGAUAUUUAAGAAAAGUGCCUACGUGUUAAUAGACGUACGGUUGUAAACGUUGAAAUUAAUUCUAUUCAUCGCUACAUCAAAGUUAACAUUUUCCGAAUUUUUCCAAGGCCUUCUCUUGUUAGUAUUUAAAAGACCAAAAAUGAAGCCACUAAUAAGGAGUUGAAAACCAAUAUGAACACUUCAAGAUGAAUGUUUAAUAGGCAGGCUAUAUUUUUUUUAUUUUAUUAUUAUUACUAUUUUAAGAGUGGUGGACAAGUGUGCAAUCAAUUUUGUUUUCUGAUGGGUUGCAAAUUUUUCCAUCUGUUAAGAGCAUAAAGUUUAAGCUUUAUAAAGGCAAACAGAAAGUUUACAAAAUAUAUAAAUCCUAAUAUCUUUAGUUGCAUUUGCACUAAAUGUGAUGUACUUUUGCUAUUCUGUAAAUAAAUGUAUUACACUAAGGAAUAAUGGAUAGAAUUGUUUAUUUGAAUCACAUCCUCCAUGAUUGCUGUAAGUGCUUAAAAAUCUAGUGAUGUCUUGAAUGUGGGAGAUUACAUUCCUGAGUGAUUGUUUUAGGGCAAAAAUUUUACAACCUGCGGUAAUCUGAUAUUUAAACCAAUAUCUACAUGUAAAACUCAACUGGGUAGGAUAGUGCGGGAUGCUCUGUCAACUGCAUUAACACUGACACGUUAAACGGUCCAUUUACAAAGAACACUCAAUGUUUUAAACUGAAAUCUGUGUAAAGUCGGGAUGGCCGGGACUCCAACUUUUAAC